AUGUUUCUGCACAAACUGGUACGGUAAGACUCCAUGCUGAGUUUUAGAUGAUUUUUUAGGAUUUCAGACGUAACCGUGCGAGAACCAGGGCGUAAAUGCGCAAUUCACUGUGUGGUAUGUCUAGCUCGUGUUUUUUUUUUAAGUUCGUAAGGAAUAUUUGGAUAGUUUUGUGAGCUUUCUUUCCCCCAUACUACCCCUAUUCUUUUCCGUCUUUCCUCCCUGCUGCUAAGAAUUUGCAAAACAAUUGUGGAUUAGUCUGUCAUUUCUAAAUGGUCACCGAUUCGUUAACGUAUCAAAGGUGAUUGUUAUGCGCAACUCACAUUGAACAGAGGAGCGUCAGGAUUUACAAGUCACUGACAAAGCAUCAGUGACUUGAGAGCAGAUGUAACAGCACAAUAACUUUUAGGGUUUUCACAAAUGUAUUUGAAGCAAAAAUUCCAGUAACCGAUUCAUUUGUAACUCUUUACCGUUUCAGUUGACAAAUUUGGCAACCAGAUCAGAAAUCUGGACCAUGGUCUAAGAAUAAAAAAAACUUAAAGCCAGCAAAUGUGCCAAAAUGAGUAACACUAACCAAUGUUACAUAGGUCAUAGAAAUGGCAGAAAAUUACUGUCCCUGCUGUUCCACUGCCCACUGAGUCACCUUUCCUGUGACAUCAACUCAGAAGUGGAACAACGGUCUCUUCUAAUGUCAGAUGUGUGUUUUUUCUCAGUUUGUUUGGAUCCUGUCCGCCCUGUGUGGCUCUGAGGUGUGUUCAGGGUUUGUGUACGACCGACCUAGACGCUCAGGGGAGGACGGGACCUCAUCCAGGACAGACUGUGAGUACUCCUGACUCUUUACUGGUAAACAUGGAACAUCUUUAAACUGCCUGACCCUGGGCAGGCCAUCUCUCACACAUCUGACGUGAGGCUGAGAGUUAGCUGUAACAGCUCUCAGAGAUGGUUUCACACUUUUAAAAAUGGACAUUCAAAGAUUUACCAUCCCAAAAAAAUGAUACAACUUUACCUGUUUGAGUUACUAGUCAACGAAACAUUUAUCCCUUCUAAGCACUCUUUAACAGCUGUGUGUACAAAUGAGGCUCCCGCGGGGCUCUUUAUGAGAGGAAAGUAGAGGAUGAAAGUUAUGCAAAUUUCCCUGAUGGAAAGUUUCUUCUUUAAACUGACUGAUGAAUCCAUCCUGAUCUGGACUGAACCUACCGAGAGGCUCUUUCCUGUAUAAUCAGUCGGUUAAAUUUGGAAAAGACAUCGGACAGCAGACCUUCUUGCCAUGCUCUGACUCUGGAGAAUAUCAGCAGCACAAUACACUUAGGGCCUGACCUACUAAAGGUUUGCGUGUGCAAAAACACUUGCAACCUCGAUAGCACACACAAAAGCUGAUCUACUAACUGGGUGCACUGAGGAUUGCGUCUGUCAAAUGAGCAAAACAUUGCAUGCAAUCCAUUUAGCGUGUUUGGCUUCAUGAAUGUGCAGAUUGUAUGUAGAUCAUCAGAACACGCAAAAUUCUGGGAGGGGCAGAUGCAAAUCUUAUCAUUUAGGACCUGAAAUGUGAUUUAUCAAACCUGGAAACCGAUUGCGGCCGCUGUUUUGCGUCUAUAUUUAGCACAUUUGAAAGGCAUGUGCAAACUAACACAGCAUUACGCACGGUCAUUGUGGGAGAAGGAUACAGAAGUGCCAUGAUAGACACCAUGAUCCUUGUCCAAAAACUUGUGAUCAAUUUCGUUUUUCUAGUAAAUGACGGUUUUCAUAAACAAUGAGGUCAAACACGAAACAGACAAAAAAUGUAUCUGUUUGUCUUACUAAUUUUUAAUUGUUGGAAUCACUUUUUAGAUUUGUAGUAUAUCUUCUUGCAUCUGUAAAGCACUUUGAAUUGCAUUGUUUAUGAAUGGCAAAAUGCUCGUUAUAAGAGGGUGAUCCGCACCACUUUUGCACCUGUUAUCAAUUGCACACGCAAUGAUAGUAGAUCACCUGCAACACACCCACUAAUAGGCACAUGCAAUUUUUUAGUUUGUAAGCGCAAUUUAGUGUCCGCUAUUUGGGAUCUUAGUAUAUCAGGUCCUUAAAGUCUGUUUUUUAUAUAUAUGUCCUGCUGCAUCCCCAUAUCAGAUUAGUGUGAAUGUUUGUGUAAAUUUUACAAGUAGGCCAGCAGGAAAAUCCUGAAUGAAUUUAGGAAGAACAUUUGAGUGUUUUCAUGUGCAGCCCUGGGAAAACUUUUCAGGAAGUUGUCAGGAGUUUUGUGCACAUGCAACAAAUAAUAAUGACCUUUUGGAUAGACUGAAUUCCUAUUAUUGUUAACUGUUAGGUUAGUUGGUGCAGACGCUGAAAGCUACAAGCACCAAGUAAGUGUUGGUGUGAAUUUUCUUUUGUGCAACAUGUUUCAAAUUUUUUGCACAAUAACAUGACAUAUUCAGCCGUAACCCAGAGGAUGUGUUGUGGCUGUCACCUGUUGUUAGGACCAUCUGCAGCCUCCAUCUGAUGCAGCAGCAACAAGCCCCACUGCUCUUCUCAUGCUGGCUGAAGGCAGAGCAAUACAAACACGCUCUCACUCUCAGAAGAAAAAAACACUCCUGCUGCCCACUCUCACCCUCACAGGGUCACAGUGAUCCGUUGUAACUUCUUCCUACCUCACAAACACCACCACACACUCUCUGCUAGCUUAUUUAAUAUGCACUGGCAGAAAUUUCUUACAGAAAGUAACCUGGAAAACAAACCGAGCAGAGACAUUUCUGCAGUGUGGAAAAUUCUUCUCAUCUAAUUGCAUGUUCCUGAUGUGCAAAGGAGAGAUCUGAGGUGGACACAUCACUCUGAGUGACAGCGGGUGACUGAUUACUCUUAAACUUACAUGGGGUUCGAGAUUUACUCUGGUAGACGCUGUUUUCUGCGUGUGUUUUGGCUCUUGGUGCAGCUUUGGGCAUGUCCUACCCACACUUGGCCAAGAUACAUGAACACAUGUCCAAAACACACACACGCACACACAAACACGCGCACACACACACACACACACACACACACGCACACACUGUCUGUCUGAGCCACUUGGCAAAUAAUGAAAGUGUGUGACUUCUUCUCUACUUUGCUUUGACCAAAUACGAUUAUGUUUUAAAUUUGACGCUGCAGGAAACUUGAUCUGAAUCUUUGCAUUGUUGGUUUUUAUUCUCAGCAAAGACAUUUAAAAGUUGUUCGUCUUUGUUUUUUGGAGUCAAUAGGACAAGUGUAAGUGCAAAUAGUCUUUUUUUUUUUUUUUAACCUUGACUUAACCUUGGCUUUUUCCCACCAGCCUCUUUAUACAAUAUCAAGAAGUCAGGGUGAGCUGGUGCAGAGGGAAACUUUCAGGGGAAAUUUACAGCAAGCCAGCAGAGGUGAUGAUGUUUUUAUUAUGUGACCUGUGUAAAUCUGAGAGAGUGACAUUUAACAGGAGUAAAUAAAAACAUCCCCAAGGUUGAAGGAGAAUCAUUUUUCAAGCUGAGAACAGCAGAGACGUCUGCACAUGCUUCCAUGCUUAUACAGAGCAUGGGGGGGAGUCAAAACGAGGGGUGAUGUAAUUCAUUGCAACUUGCAACGUCAUUGACUCGCACCUAGACACACAAAACAAUACCGUAGCAUGAGCAUAUGGGUUGAUGGAACACCACGUGUGGAACAGACUAAAAUGAAGAAAGCUACUUAAUCUCAUCUACUAAUGCAUAUUACUGCCAAAGACCGGGCAAACCAGUACCCCGGUGUCUUGCACGACAGCGGGGGGAAACUUUUUCUGCAGCUGCAGAAAGGAAGGCCAAAGUCAGACAGUUGACGUUCACCGAGGCAUCAACCUCCAAAACCCUUGCGAGGGAUGCAAGAAACAAGGUGAGUAGCGUACAAGCUUGUAACUGGUCAAAUAAAGAACAAAUGAAACAGAAUGAGAAGUAUGUGUGUGUAUGUGUGUGACAGACACAGACAGAGAGAGAGAGGAAUGAAAAUAGCCUUAUGAUUAAAAUAAAUGCUUUUACCGUACAUGUCAUACUGAAUCGUAACUGGAUAGGUCAAAAUGAUUUAAAAUUUAGGUUAUGGGUGUGUGUGUGAGAGAGAGAGAAAAAUAGCAUAACUCAAAUAAAUGCUUUAGGAAUACAUGUCAUAAAUACAUACUUAAUUGUGUUUAAUUGAAUGGGAUAAAGUGAUUUCAUACUUGGGGUGGGGGUAAAUAAGACAGUCCAAAUCAAUGGUAAAAAAACUUUUUUGUUUGUAGAUUUGUGAGACCUGGGUCUCUACCUGCACUGCUGUCAACAUUCCUCUCUCAAAAAGCGACCAUCCUGCAAUGAGGAAAUUCCUGAGUGAAAGAGUAAUCAAUGGUGGAGCCAUUCCAGGAUUUCACCAGCUUCAAGAGAAAUACUUGGGAACAGUAUAUGAGAAGGAAAAAGAAGAGUUGAAGGCACUUCUUGCUGGAAAACCUGUUGCUGUGAUAUUUGAUGAGACUCCAGAUGUAGAGGGGAGAUGCGUGUUAAAUAUCCUGCUUGCACCACUGGAGAAGGAUCAUUCUGGUCAGAUCUUGGCCUACCUUGCAGACACCGUGUUCCUUGAGCAGUGCAACCAUUCCUCUGUAUCUGUGGCUAUUGUAAAGUGCCUGUAAGAAUACAGCAUUAGAAAUGAGGAUGUGAUUGUGUUUGACACAGAUAAUGCAGCAUACAUAAAGAAGGCAUUCACUUCUGCUCUGCAGUUGCUGUACCCCAACUCACUGCACAUCAUGUGCAUGGCAUACAUAAUGAACCUCAUCAGCAAUGCAUUCUGCAAACCUUUUGUUCAGCUGAACAGCUUCAUGAUGAGUUUCUCCCAAAUGUUCUUCAAUGCUGGAUCACGCAAGAGAAGAUAUCUCUGCGUCAUGACAAACAAGCUACCAAGAAAAAAGGUGCCCAUGCCGCCAAACCCCUGUGCAACACGAUGGAACUCCUGGUUCUUUGCUGUACAAUACCACAGAGAGUACUUUGGACUGCACAAGGAGUUGAUUGAGGUGGAAACUCAGGUAAAUAAUUCCUUUCUAUGCCCCUUACACCUACACACACAAAUAUGAAUGAGUUCAUUAUUUCAAAGUAAAAUGUAAUAUUUAACACCCACUCUAUGUUUGACGCAAUCACUUACUUUCUCUUUGUGUUUUUUCUAUUCACAGGUGUGUGGCAGAAGUGUACCACUGUCUGUGGAGAGACUCCAUGACAUGUUUCAAGACCCAAACCUAACUCAGUCCCUCAAUGUGCAGAUCAAUAUCAUGGCUGACAAGUGCAAACACAUCCUCAAUCUUCUUGACAUCUUCGAGAGCAGUCGCCCAGUGACCACAAAGAUCUUCAGUUAUCUGGAGGAUCUGCAGGUGGUCAUUGCUGCCAGUAAAGAGCUCCAGUUUGAGGUAUGUGACGAAUACUUCAAGGAGUUCGACCUACCUUGGUGCACAAAGACAGAGAUCUUCCGCACAGUUGGCAAGGCAUAUGUCAAUGCUGAAGAAAAGCUCACCAAGUACAUGUCAGACGGGCAGCCAGCCAUAGGGUUUCUGCAGGAGGUCAGUGUGUUCGAUCUUCGUCACAUUGCAUUCCUAGCUGACUCCGUAGAAAGCUACAAGGCCACUCCAGGUUUCACACAUGUGCCAAGAGAUGAAUUUGAAUCUUAUUUCACAACGCUGGGUCCAGCAGCACUCAGAGCUGCACAGUCUGGCGUGGUGGAUUUGGACGUGUUCAAGGAUGGCCUACAGGAGAGACUUCCUGUACUGUCUUCCUUGGUCCGCCGAUACAAAUGCAACAGCAUCUACAAGCUGGUGUUGUCCAACCGAAGGCGAUCAACUACCAACGAAAAUCUCAAAGCCUUGGUCUUCUUAUGCCAUAACCAAUGGAUCCAUAGUGGAGCUUUUGAGAGGGAGCAGAGGGGAACGUAGAUAGAAGGGGAGAAUAUGGAGGAGAUGGAUAUGGAGGAGAUGGAUGUUGAGGGAGAGGGGAUGGAGGAUGAUGAAUAAUUGGACAGUGCCACAGACUAUGUAGUUAGUCAUUCUGAAACACAGCUCUUGUUUAAUGCAGGAAUUUUGGUUCAAAGAUUGGUCUCAAGUUUUUUGGGGGGCAACCUGUGUCCAUUUAUCAUUCACCUCACUGUGAACUCUUGUUGAUGAACAAUAGUUCAUACAACUUUAAAGUAGGGAUGUGCGCGGUUAUUCAGAUACUCGUGUAAACGGGGCUGUCCUUACCAUCCGGUUAGUGAAUAAUAUUCGUUUAUUCCAUAAAAUAAAAAAAAUAAAAAAGUGAAAAAAAAGCUUCUUUUUUAAAAAAAAUUACGUUUUUAUUGUCAUGUCUUAAUAAAAGUGUGCAUUAAACAAGCUGAAAUGUGUGGAUCAUUUGCGUGCGACUCUUUCUGCCUGGCUCCCUGCUCUGGGCUCGCAGCGCUGGCCUGCAGCAUGCAUGGAAUUGUGGGUUAACUUCCUCAGAGUGAAUCAACACAUGCGAUCAGCCAGAGUGAUGUCAGUGAGAAAAAAGAGCAAAGUUUGGGAGUAUUUUGAUUUAUAUUGUCUGACUCUGAAGACUCUUCAUUUUGUGCUUAUGGUGUGAGGCAGGCCGAUGACGCAGCAGGCAGCUUGGCGUGAGCGCAGCAGAGCGGAGCUUAAUUGCUUUGAUCUUUCACGUACUUGAUGUCAUUCUCUAGCGCUAAAAUAAGAUUCUGUAACAUAUUUUAAUAUUAUAAGCAUGGCUUUCAUGUACUCUUAAUAUUUAUUUCAGAUGAUAUCUGGCCAUAUAGAUCGACAUGUGCUCAAUUUGGGCUAUUUUCUGGGAGUUAAUUAAUUCUUGUGUAUUCGAAUAUUCAGUUUCAAAAUGGUCGUUAACUGUCAGUGAAAUUAACCGCUGGGAACAUCCCUACUUUAAAGUUGUAUGAUUGGACUGUAUUUAGUGUGUGUUCUUCUAAAAGAAACCUUACAGUUGUAAGAUCAUUGCACUGUUUUUGUGCACAUAGCUUAACUUUACUACAAUCUUACAGAUGUGCACUUUGUUUAGUUUUUUUUUUUUGCAUAGCAAUACAGUAUUGUGUUACUAACGUUUAUUGAACUAUUCAAUGGUCAGAGAUUGCACUUUGUAUUUGUGUAUUUUAAAAUAUUGUAGCAUAACAGAUUGUCUGUUCUACCUCACUUAUACAAGCAGGAAGCAUUUAUUUUAUCUUUUACAGUUCUGUGACUCAGGAAUGUUUAAGCCGUGUUUUAUUAUGACUGAUUGUGAAACUGAUAGUUUGUUAAAUUUUGAUUUUUCACACACAGGUAAAGGGCCUUGUUUUAGCCAUACUUUAGUUGCUAAAAUAAAAAAUAAAAACUUUUGUGGAGUAACUUGGUUCUAGUAUGCUUGUUUAUCAUAUUGGGCUCUAUUUUGGUACAGGGCGUUGGAGAAUAAUCUUUUUUUUUUUUCCUGCAUAUUUUGCAACUUUGCAUAAUUAACAACUUGUCGCAUAAUUUGCAACUUUAUGCAAUUUUACUUCAUAAAAUUAUUUAAAAACCCUGCAUAUUCAAUCGCAAAAUCAAGUAUUUUAGCCCAUGUAAUCAAGGAUUUAUGCCUGCGUUUUUCUGGAGGGUCUACUUGUAUUGACCAAUAACAUCAGCUCCUCUCCUCGCCUUUAAAUCCGCCACCGGCGAGACGCGUUACAAUUUCCGUGCAGUAGUCGAAGAGAUCAAGAGAUGGCUGAAGACAGCAAAGCCACACGAUAGCGAUGGAAGGCAGCUCCUCAACAAGUGUCGCUGUAAGCGCUGCGGGCGGUGCGCUCCACACUCUCAUAUAGGCACAGAUGGAUUUGAUGUGUGUAAUGUUGGACCCACUGGUAAGACAAACACCCUUUUCCACAAAUAAAGACACUCACAUAAAGUUGCAUAUAUUUAAACCUCACGUGACAAAGGUGGGUUGAGCGCACAGAUCACAACAUAAAUUCCAAUAUUGGCAUUAAAUUCGGAACCAUCUGUGCUAAAUGACGCAUCGCGCUCCGUGGCCUGGCUCUUUCUUUCAUAGAUGUUGGCAUAUAAAAUGAAUUUAGCUCACAAAACUGAAUAUUAUAAUAUUCGCAUAUGGGCUGAAUUCCGGAUUGAAUAUUUACAGAAUCUUAAUGAUGUGAGAUAAUAAGAUAAACAGGUAAUUUUUAGUGAAAGUUUCUUUAAUUAAAUUUUUUUUUUUUUUUUCAAAUUUUCAAAGUAAAUUACUCAUCUGAUUACUAAAAUAAAUCAUUUGGUCAGCCGUUCCACCGCAGAAGCAGCAGCAGGACGGGGAGAGGACAUGGAGACAUGUCAGGUGUUGUGCCAUAGAAUGCACCCCUGCCGUUGAAUGCACCCCCUGAUGGGAGUGCAGUUGAAAGUACACAACAAGGUGAAAUAAUCCAAGUUUUCCUUAGCAUUGGAUAGAUUCAAAAACUUGUGCUUUUAAUGAUUUCAAUCAGGCUAUUCAGAUAAGCCGAAAACAAUAGCCCUCUGAUUCUGAAUAUUUGCUGGGAUGGGAUGCAGGGGACGCAUUAUGCGGCAGGGGUGCAUUCUACGGCACAACACCUAUCGAGCUGCGCGAGGAAGAAGGGGGAUAAGUGAGGAGACGAAUUAAAUAUCUUGUAAACUUCAUCAUGUGUGUCUGUUUACUGGAUAUUUAAUUUAAUGUGGUUUCAGCUGUGUUAAUUCGGUCAGGUGGAGUGUCCAAACGCGUGCCAAAUGUGCUCCGCUCAUCAGAUAAGAUAUAGAUCAGAAUAUAUCUAUAGAUCUAAAUGUAGGUGCUGAUUCAGAUAGUUGCACUGAAUAUUGGUUGUUGAUGAUUAUUUAUUGCACUGAAAUGUGCCUGACACCAUGGAAACCUGCCUGUGAGGCAUCAGUGACGUAAGCGCACUACACCGCCGGUCUACCAAAAUACCUCUAGAUCAGCUGCGCUCCGCCUACGCUGAAAGCUGACCAGGUUUGAAUUGGUGAGCUUUCAGUGCACUUUACACGCCGCCGGCGAGCACGAAAAUAGAGCCCUUAGUGUUGAAUGUUUCUUUUCCUUUUUUGAAAAGUAUUCAAGAGAAGUUUCAUAAGCAGUGGAGAAAGUUUGCAGGAGAGUCCUGAGUGAUCAGUGUGCGAUGCAGCAUUCUGCCUUUGUCUGUAGGGCGCUGCACCUAAAAGCGCACAGAUUAUGAACGCUUUACGCCUGGCUUUUUGAAAAAGCUGGGAAAUGCAGUCCUUGAAAAGAUUGAUGUCAAUUGAUUUAGUAGCUUCUCCCCUUUCAAAGGACUACAAACAUGGCCAUGCAAAGCCAUUCUCCGCUACACUGUAAAGCUUUGAUUUGGUGGUGGUCCCAAAAUUUAAAUGUCCAGAUUUCACACCAAGACAGAUUAAAAUUGACAUAAAAAGGUAAUGUUUGCACUAAAACAGACACUUAAUUACGUGGGUGGAAGAGGUUAACAUUACAAAAAUUUGGCUUUGAUAUAUAAAGUUAUCUCAUAUCUAAAAAAAAGUUAAAUCAUCCUGCCUCAGCCAGAAUCAAAAAACUUAAGAAGUUGGACAAAAACAAACUGGAAAACCACAUUAAAUUAUUACAACGGGUUGCACAUGACAAAGAUUUUAAACCUGCUCAGAUGGAUGGACGUUUCAAACAUUGGCUCUCUAGAGGUAUCACAAUGUAGUCUCCUUUCUGAUAAAGGGAGACUAGACUAUUUUCAAAUCUUAAGGACAAUUAUGACUCAGGAAAUCAAGACUUUUUCAGAUACCUUCAAGUUAGAGCUCAUUUUAACUGUGAUGUAAGAACAACAGAGCAUGGCAUUUCUGAUUUAUAAACAUUUUGGUCCACGCAAACAAAUCUACAUUAAACCAAAAAUUGAUUUCCAGAAUAUACUCCUGUUUAGUCAUCUAAUGCAAGGGGUUCUCAAACUCUUGCAAGCUGGGCCCCCUCAAAGGUGGUUCAAUGUUGCCCCCCCCCCCAGCAUUGGUAGGCGAUGUUAAUGUGAGACCUGAGCCUUCUUUGCCUUGCAAAGAUCCUCAAUUCUUGGUGCAAUGUCUGAUAAACACAGCCUCAAAUCAACAGGUAGCUUAUUCUUCUCUGACCAGCCCAUGUAUUUACACCAACUGUGAUAAACAUAAGUCACUGUUGGGAAGAGCUUUAACACACUCAUUAACAUACUUGUCUGACCCUCUCAUCCACACAGACACAAUUAUGUUCACCAAUCUACAGGUUUCACAGCAGCUCAUUACAACACACUACUGUUUAACGGAGAUCUGACAUAAAAAAUUUAAAUAAAAUGAAAUAAAAAAUUAUACCCUCCCUCUGGUGUCCAAAACAGUCAGCAUUAACUGUCAUCCGGCUCUAACAGAUUAAAAGUCCACUGAUAUUAUUCCCGUUUACAUCCUGUUUACGACCCAUUCCUCACGGUCAGUGUCUCAUACAUUUGCAUUGUGUGAAAAAUUAAAGUUUUUAGCACUGUUUCUCAGCCGGCUCAGUCGUUUACUCCUGGUUUUCUUCCACCGGGACAUGGACUGCUUCACGGUUCCGACAGGUUGAGUUAGUCAUGGCCUGUCUGGACCUGUGGUCUGGACUCUGUACCAAGUCAAGAGAUGCACCUCCUAUCGGCCCCUAUCAGGACACCUGAAGCUAAAGCGAGCUAAAACUUUUUUCAAACAGUGCAAAUGGAUGAAACGCACUGAUCACGAGGGAUGGGAUGUAAACAGGAAUAAUAUCAGUGGAUUAUUAAACUUUUGGAGCUAGAUGACUGAUAAUACUGACUGUUUUAGACACCAGAGGGAAGGUAGGAAUAUUUUUCCUCUGUUACUUUAAUAACUGUAAAUAAUAAUGAAUUUUGCACAAUUUAUCUUGGUAAUAAAUUUCCCCACAAUCAGUGCUACAGAUAAAUAUUGUCAUGUUUCCAGAAGUCCAGGUUUGUUAUUUAGUGCUGACAAAACUGACAAAAACUCAAUGCUACCUCAAUGUGCAAUAUUGACAGGCUAGAUAUUUGUGACAGUUGCAAAUACCCAUUUUUCUCAGGCAUGAUAACUCCAAUAAUGUGCAGUAAUAACCUGCCCCAAAUCUUAUUUAUUCACUGUGUUUAGUGAUGUUGUUGUUGCUGUUACUUACAUUUUCUCUCUUUAUUUAUCUAUAAAACAUUUUCUGUACAGGUCUAGGUUAACUUUUUAUAAUUAUGUGUGCUCUGUGUGCAUGUUGAGUACAACAGAGUAUUCGGGCAAAAUUAAGAAAAAUGUAAUUGUUUUUUGAGAAACCACAAAAGCCCUCUGAGUGGCCCACUGAUACAUCCACUGAUAACUCUGCAGUUGACCAGUUCCAGCCAUUUCCCCCUUCACAAACGCAGCUUUAUGACUUUAUUUACUUUAUGACUUUAUUUACUUUACGAAUGUAUCCUUGUCAUUAAUGACUUUAUUACGACUGUAUUCUUGUUAUUUAUGUCUUUGACAACUUUUUUCUCUUAAGUAAUGACUGAAUUACAACUUUAUUCUAGUUAUAAAUGACUUUUCUCGUAAGUAAUGAUUUUAUCACAACUUUAUUCUCAUUAUUAAUGACUUUAUUACAACUUUAUUCUCGUAAGUAAUGACUUUAUCGCGACUUUAUUCUCAUUAUGAAUGACAUUCUUAUAACUUUAUUCCCCUAAGUAAUGACUGUACACACACACACACACACACACACACACACACACACACACACACACACACACACAUACACACACACGCACGCGCAUUCUGUUGGCAUCCUCUAACCUCUAAGUUGUUUUUCAUGAGGGACUGGACAGAGAGCAUGUUGUUAGAAACAUAGCUGUGAGUUCAGACUGUCUCCCUCUCAGAUCUCCAGGAUGUCUUCAGUUAAAGUGGGAGGUUCUCAAAAUGCAGGCUAGGAGCCAAACCAGGUCACUGUGCCUCAGAUCCUGUGAGGACAAAGCUUUACUGUGUUUAAGGGAGCAGAGACUCCCCAUAGUUAGAUCGGGUUUCCAGUGUGGGUCUCAGGAGAGCGUUUAGAGUGCAGAAAUGCUGGAGUUUGGCUUAAAGACCUUUUGCCACUGCUGGAAUUACAUUUGGUGAAAAAAAGAAACGGAAUUAUUUGAAUUCUCGUCUUUUUAACACUUUAUACUCAACAUGUUUUAUCCCUGCACCAUCCGGACAACUUUAUGACUUCAAGAGAAGGAAGGUUUGAUUGCUGACUCUUUAGAUUAAAAUGUAUAAAUGACCUGAACUAUUUUGUGUACAAAGCAAAGGUCGAGUCUUUAGUUUCUGUAUCCACCAGCUAACUACGAAUUAUUCCAGCUUCUUGUAACUUGCCCAGUGUGCUUUUCUUUUUCACCUGGACAGGAUUCAACCACAAACUUCUUGCAGUCUUUCCCAGAAGAGUCACUUGAUGUUGUGACUUACUUGUCAGCUAAUUUCACAAAAAGAAAAAAAAAGAUAGGUGAAGCAGGCUGAAUGUUCUGCGCAUGAAAGUAUCAAGAAAAUAAAGGAUGUGAAAUACAAACAUCUUAAGAGUGCACAUGUGCAACAAAACUGAAACCAUACCAGGAAAAGAGUCUCCCUCACUUGGACGCAAGCAAGGAAGGAGCCUGAGUUGAUGCGCUAGGUGGAAAGGAUCCCGCUGGAUAUAGUCAGACUUACCUUGAUGCAUAGCAUGGGCUCCAGUCCUCUCAUGAGUGGUUAGACUCACCCUGGAGUUGCCACUGGUGAGAGGCGCCAGGCAGGGGUGGUUAUACUUAUUGCCCCUUGGCUGGGUGCCCAAUGUAGAGGCCACAUGUCUUGGACACUCAAGUGAAGAGAGGGACAGAGUUGUCAACUGAUCACCAUCUGUUGAUGAGUUGGCUCUGAUGGUGGGGGAGGAUGCCGGUCAGACCUGGCAGACCCAAAUGCAUUGUGAGUUUCUCCUGAGAACCUUCACCUCUGGAAGAGCUUCAACCAUGUUCUGGGGUGGCGAGGGAGAUUGACAAUGGGCCAUGUUCUGUGCCUCAAUUGUUGAGGCAGCUGAUUGGAGCUGUGGCGCUAAGGUGAUCAGUGCUUGUCAUGGUGGUCCACCUCUUGGUGGACACUGGCAGUGAGGGAUGCCGUCAAGCUAAAGAAAGAGUCCUAUUGAGCCUUUUAAACCUGAGGGACUCUGGAGGCUGCUGAAAGGUACCGGCAGAUCAAGCAGAAUGUGGCUUCUGUGCUUGCUGAGGCAAAACAUGGGCAUGCACUGCCAACACUGAGUAUGGUGAGGUUGGUGCAAUGCUGACUUUGACUCAUGGUGUUGUUGAAGGUGAAAGGAAUACUUUGAAGACAUUCUUAAUCCCACCAACACACCCUGCAAUGUGGGCUCCUUUAUCUCUGGGGCUGAGGUUGCUGUUGUGGCUUAAAAGCUCCUCAGUGGCAAGGUUGCUCAAGAACCUGGAUGUUAUAGAGCUGUUGUGACAGACAUGACUCUGCAGCAUUGUGUAGACAUUGGGGGCAGUGCCUCUGGAUUGGCAGACUGGGGUAGUGGCCACCCUUAUCAAGAAGGGGGAAUGGUGUCUUCCAACUGUAGGGGCAUCACACUCCUUAGCCUCCCUGGUAAGGUCUAUUCAGGGGUUCUGGAGAAGAGGGUCCAUUGGAUAGUCUAACCUCAGAUCCUGGAGGAGCAGUGUGGUAUGCGUCCUGGUCAUGGAACUGUGGACCAGCUCUACAUCCUCAGCAGGAUCCUUGAGGGUGCAUAGGAGAUUGUCCAACUAGUCCUCAUGUGCUUUAUGGAUUUGGAGAACCAUGGCCUAAGAAAGAAGCUCAAAGGCCAAUUGAAACUAUUUCAAAAAUGACUGCGGAAUUAAAGAAAAAUAAAUCACAUACAGAAACUUGGUUUACUAUGUGUAAAAAACUUGAGCUAAGAUGAUGUUAAGGAAAAAAUCAAACAAUGUAAAUGAGCACGUGGCAUGAAAACAAGAAAAACCAGGACCCCGUUGGGGCACUUGGCGGGGCACCGCCUCCCCUUGCAAACGCCUCCCCUUGCAAUCGCCUCUCCUCCUACCGCCUCUGCUUGAUAGUGCCUCCCCCAGCCAGAGCCAACAUUUGGCCUUCAUGUCCACUAGGGGGCAGGGGCUGGAAUUUUUAAAAUUUUUGAGGGGGUGCUACAGAGCCAUUUUUGAGUCAAUCCUAAUGAAAUUGAUAAUAUAAGGUCCUGACAGCCCUCUGGAUAGGUGUGCCAACUUUUAUAGGUCUGCAACUUUCCUAGCUCUUGAUCCAUCAUGUUUUGUGUUGAGGUGCUUGGAUGGCAGCCAUUUGACCCUGUUUAAGGAAACUACACAGAACUCCUACUGUGGCUUCAUGGAGGAGUUACAAUCCUCCUGUAUACAUUUCAGCACCAUUGGGUCAACUGCUUAGAGCUUAGCUAAGCUAAGAAUUGCAAAAAAUGUCCUUUUCAUGCCAGUAGGUGGUGCUAGCACAUACAGGGUCAAGUUUGGUUUCAAUCAGUCCGGGACCAGACCGUUAUCGACGUAUUCAGAUUUGGUUGUGAUCGGAAUACGUGCAGCCAAGUUGUGGCCGUUAAAGACAUCACGCCAAAACACGUGACUUUGUGGCGCCGCCGAAGCCACGCUCUGUGGAGAGGAGCCACAAAAUUAAUUGUGCAGCAACUUCAAUGUGUUUCAAGUAUUCCAGCUUUGGUUUAAGUUCUUCAGGGAAACACAGCCAGAGCUGGACAUGCAAACGCAAAAAAUUACCUUUUCUGAUGCCACUGGGGGGCGCUAUGUUGGAAAAACCAAAGAACUUCAGAAUUGUGUCGCACCAUCUCAGAAACUUUCAAGCCUCCAGGCAAAAACAUGAUUGAGCUACCACAAUUUGAAAUUUGGGGAAAGUCGAUGUAAAUUUGGCGGCCCCUAGAGGCCACACCUUUCACUUCUCAUAAAAAACAUUUGAUAACUUUUAUGGCCCUAGGUGUCUAGUUUGACCUCAGCAAAUUUGGUGCAGAUCAAAUCAAAUCUGUAAAAGAAGAUACGUUUGGCGUGACAUGUGCAAAUGGCCAAAAGGGGGCGAAAACAGCGGAAUAACUAAAGUCCAAGUGCGCAAAAUCAAAGAUCUUAAGAUGCACGUGCCUGUAAAAUUUCGGCAGAUCGGAAAAAGUUGAUGUUCGUGGUGCUCUGUAGGGGGCACUAGCGAGCCAUUUUACUUGCUUUUUUUGGGUCACUUUCAAACAUCGUGAUUGCCUGCAAAUUUUGGUGAGUUUUUGAGGUCUUUCAGGGGGUCAUACUUACGUUUUCAGAGGUCGUAAAAUAAUAAUAAACGAGAACCCUUUGGAUUUUUUAUUACAAAAGGGCUUCGCCGCAGAGCUGCGCUCUCGGCUCAGGCCCUAACUAGGUAGGAGAUAUGAGAGGAGUAGAAGGAGACUGAAGGAGAGUCAGGAGACUAAGAGAAAAGACCAAGCCUAAGAGAGAGCAUAAGAGUGAAAGAGCAAGACGAAGCAAGAGUAAAAGUUAAAGUGUUAGCACCCCAACUUUUCUGGUUUUAUGUUCUUCAAACUGGGAGUGUCUCUGGGGGUGUGUGUGUGAGGAGAGAGAGGAGGGGUCGCUGGUCUUCUGCUGCAGCUUCUUUAAAGGAGAUAGUCAGAAUCCCUGAUUAUUUGAUCCAACUUACACUUUCGGCUGAAAAAAGUCAUAUCUGAUACUCACUAUGAUUAAUGUUACAGAAUGUUUGGUUUAUAUUAAAUGAUUUACUAAACACAUUUGAAGAAAUUUAAAAUCACAUCAAACAUUCUCAUUUGUUUUAGUAUCAUACUGAACAUGCUAAAUUACUCUGAAAUGAAAUAGAUAGUAACACAGAAAAACAAACAAAAGAGUAAACACAUGUAAAUGAACUUCAUCAUGAUUAAUAAAGGAUGCUAUGAAUUCAUUCAGAUCAUUCAAUGACAUUGUAAGCACUUAAUGAUUAAAAAUACUAAAUAAAUGAUGAAAAUAUAAACCAAACUUUUCUAAACUAUCCCUGUUGCUAAAAGUUAUGAUUCAUACUCAAUAAAUGUAACUCUCAAAAGUUCAUGAAACAGUCUGAAAAGCUGUUGGUCCAAAGAAACUUAAGAGUAGUGGAUUUAUUCUGUCAGAGUGAUAGCUUGGCUUCUGGGGCACAUAGAAAACUGGGACGCAUCUCAUUUUAACACAAAUUACAUGAUUAGACAGAUUAGUACAUUGCUGAAUAAGAUGUCAUGAUCAGUCAUUUGUAUUCUUUCACCAAAGGAAUUUUGUUUUUUUAUCAGUAUAUGGUCAAGCAGGGUUUUAUGACAAAGGUCUGGAGGUCAGUGUGGAUUCCAUGUGUUCACACACUUCACAACGGUAAAUCUCAAAUGGGAGACCUUGGUUGAGGAAUAAAUGAUUAUUUAGCACAAAGCACAUGAGGACUAUUAUUUAUUUUAUUUUAAGUCAAAAUUUCAAUAUGACAACUGCUAAUAAGUAGACUCUCUAUGUUGAUUUUAAUCCCUUUGAAACAUGUGACAACUAACCCCAAAAUGACUGAGACAUGUUGCCCCAAACUACCAUGCUUGCAAAUUCUAGCCUAAAUUCGCCUAAAACAGAACAGUGACUGAGGUUUGACAGAAUGCCCUAAUCUCUCCUCUUAUAAGUCCACAUGUAUCACUGCUAGAAUUUUAAUCUGGAAGAAGCUUAUUUUAAAAUAUAUAAAGUAAAUUUUUUUUUUACUUCGGGUUGUAUAAAAGGGUUUAUUGGCGCUCAUCUCAGCUCACAAUGUGCUCUUCUCUUCUCAGACAGGACACAACCCCUGACCACGUAAAGGAAUAAAAAAAGUAUUCCACUUUUCAAUUGCGCCCUCCGGUGGCAAAGAUAAUUGCCAUAUGACAAUUUACCCAUGUGACAACAAGCCCCAGUCUCCCCUAAUAAAAACUUUGUCUCUGUUCUCCAAAUUGACCACUUGUGAAGAGCCAGAGGUUUAGGUCAUCCUCCAGUUGGGUCUGUUGGGUAACCUGAAAGUCCAAACAAGUCUGAAAAGAUUAUAUGAUCCUAUGUCCUGGGAACCUUGCAAACCUGAGAGGAAUGUGUGAGUUUUACACACAGGGUUGUCGUAAUGCUACAUCACAAUAUCCUCUAUGUUGGUACCUGACUGGGAACUACUGUAAUGGUUUUGCCCCAGUGUCAACAGGAAGAGUUGAAAUCAAAAACAGUUGACUAGAUGUGCUUUAACUCAUUCGGCCGGAUUGAUUUGAUAUGUGUGAUCUGGUUGUUCUUGCCACUGUACCCAAUCAGAUUUAAAACCAGAUUAAAACCCAUCCCAGGAGCUCUGAGGAUCAUGGAGGAGGGUGACCUUACAAGUGCUAACUAUAAAAACACUGAUUUGAUGUUCGUUUUUCUUUUUUAGCACGCUCUGCGUCUCCAUAUGUGCCAACCUCUGGCUCCUGCAGGGACAGGUGUUUUGAGCUGGUGGAGCUGGAGCCUCCGAACUGUCGCUGUGACAACCUCUGUAAGACCUACAACAGCUGCUGCUCUGACUUCGAUCAUCUCUGCCUCAGGACAGGUACUUUAUCAUCCUCUAUCCUUUACUAAAAUUCCCCCUGUGUCAGUGCUGCAAGAAUGAAAGCUGGACCAAAGACACUCAGAAUAUUCUGUUGCUGUCAAUAAGCAGUCUGGUAUUUUGAGCAGACUGCAUAUCUGAGUUUUCUGAGUUGCCUUCUCUCUGCUGGUCCAUCAACAUGUUGCCAUGCUGCCUUCGUGUUUCCCGUGUUGGUGGUCUGUUUUUAUGUCCUCUCCUUUAGCCUGGUGGUCUUUGGUUUACCACCACUCUGCCACAGUAAUCCUCCCUGAGCCUGAAAAAUGAUGGUACUUGGCUUGGUGCUGGCGAUUAGCUCUCUUUACCCUCUGAGUGCAGGAUCAUAUGAAUGUGGUAAUGUGGUCAGAGCUCAGGGAAUGAUGUCAGUGUCUGUCCCAAACAAACAGCAAGUUUUGAUGUAUUAGUAUACCAAUUCUUAUUUCUUGCAGCCUGUGGUUUCUGCAGAUAUCAUGUUUGUAAAGUUUAAAUCUAGGUUUUUGGUUCUGCAGUAUUUAUUCCGAGCUGACUAAAAUAAUGGUAUUUUAUUCUGAUGUCUCUCAUAUACAGAGGGAGGUUAUGAGUGCAGUAAAGAUCGAUGUGGAGAGACUCGUAAUGAACAACAUGCCUGCCACUGCUCUGAGGACUGUUUGGCCAGAGGAGACUGUUGCACCAACUACAAGACACUGUGUAAAGGUAUGUAGCUUUACACACCCAAAAAUGAGAUGAGAUGUAAGUUUUUGAUUUUGGAAAAACAACAAACUUCACAAAAACUUUACUUUUUUUCCGGUUCUCAUCUGGAACUGUUUUUAAUUCCCAUCCUGAGCAUGACUUAGAGCAAAUCCAAGCUUGAGUAAUCCAGACUACCUGCUUCAUCUGAGUCCUGGAAAGUCCCAAACCCUCUUUUAAAAAUAGAGAGGGUGUCUGCCUCCUAGACCUGGACUGGUAGAUCCUGACAGAGCCUGAUAAUGGAAAGCUCUACUGCCCAGUUUACUUUUCGAAUCUGCUUUAAUUUCUGCUCUGUCUUAACUGAUCCAAAUCACCCAUCCAGCCUUCAUUUAUUCUUUAUACUGACUAUCAUAUGUGUUUCUGUGUCCUCCGUGCCUGAAGGAGACACUUCAUGGCUACAGGACGAGUGUGAGGAGAUCAAGACCGCUGAAUGUCCUGCUGGGUAUGUUUACUCCUAAGCUGUAAAGCAUAGACUGAAUUUUUUUGUUUGGUUUCAUAUGACAGACAUUUGUGUGUGCAGGUUUGAGCGUCCACCACUCAUCAUGUUGUCUGUGGACGGAUUCAGAGCUUCAUAUGUGAAGAGAGGAAGUACCAUAAUACCCAACAUCGAGAAACUGAGUAAGACCUGUUAGAUGUGUUGCUUUAUGGCCAAAUCCAGGCCAAAGGUUUGUUUAUUAAAAAAGAAAAAAAACUGAUAUAAAAAAAUAAAAUUUAAUACUGAAAGUUCAAGGAUUGUACUUGUAUUUUAAAAAAUUAAAAACACUAUAUUCAAAAUAUAAAUAAGUGUAUAAAAAAUUUCUCAACUGAAACAUAGUUUUGUUUCAGCUCUGGGAUCAUUUUGAUUUAUUAUAUAUAUUAUAUAUUAUUAUGAAUUAUUUAUUUUCAUUUUUCACCCUUAACUAUAUAUUUUUUAAUUACAGCAGUUAUUUUUUCACUUGCAGGUAUAGUGUUUUUGGAUUGGGAUCUUAUUUUUUUACAUUCAAAUCAUGUUUUCGGGUUUGAGAUAUUUUGUCAUCUUCAAAACUCUUUUUCACUUUUAGAUUGUAUUUAUUUAAUUCAAACUUUUGGCCCUGUUCUGGUGUGGGGGGCAUGGCAUGUUUUACAGUUUUUAUGUAUUAGUAAUUGCCAGGUUGUCCAAAAGAGCCUGUAAUAGUGAACUGUGUCCCCAGCACAACUUUAUUUACAGCUAUCAGGUGAAUACAGUGCUUUUUAAGUGUUGAGUCAUAUUUUUCUAAGUACCCACUUUCCUGAAGGCAACAUAAUCAGGAAAAGGUCCUGAGCUUUCUUUGCCAUGAUGUCACUCACAAUCCCAUGCUCUUCUCAGUCAAUGUCAUGCCCCCCCACACCAGAACAGGGCCAAAAGUUUGAAAUAAAAAAAAAUACAAUCUGAAAAUGAAAAAGGUUUUUAAGGAGAAAAAAAAAUCUCAAACCUGAAGACAUGAUUUGAAUGUGAAAAAAAUAAGAUCCCAAUCUAAAAACAUAACACCUGCAAGUGAAAACAUAACUCAUGAAAUUUGAAAAAUAUAGUUAAGGGUGAAAAAUGACAAUACAUGAUUUUAUCAAAAGAAGUAAGAGAAGAGUGAAGCAGGAGAUCGUUAGGCGGAUCAGUGUCGCGUCAGCAGUGAUGCGGAUGGUACACAGAUCUGUUAUGGUGAAGAGGAAGCUGAGCCGAAAGGCAAAGCUCUCAAUAUACUGGUCGCUCUACCUCAGAAGUCAGAUGAGGUGGCUUGGGCAUCUAAUUAGGAUGUCUCCUGGACACCUUGCUGCAGGUGAGGCGUUAGGGUUAGGGCAUGUCCCACCAGUAGGAGACUGCAGGGAAGACCCAGGACAUGCUGGAGAGACUUUGUCUCUCAGCUGGCCUGGGAACACCUCAGGGUCCCCAGGGUAGAGCUGGAUGAAGUUGCUGGGGAGAGGGAAGUCUGGGCUUCUCUGCCCAGGCUGCUGCCCCCGCGCCUCGACUCCAGAUAAGCGGCUGAAGAUAGAUGGAUGGAUUUUGUCAAAAGAAUUCCGGAGCUGAAUCAAAACUAUAUUUCAGUUAAAAAAACAUUUCAUACACAAUUCAGGAUCAAGCCUUGAACUUUCAGUUUCAAAUUUUAUUUUCCAAAUCACUCUUUCUUUUUCUUAUAAAUUAACAAACCUUGUGGCCUUGAUUUGGCUCCAUAUUGCUUCAGCUGUGUAGAUGUGGUGAUUUAUGGAGCCAUCAUGGGUGCUACUGCUGGGUUCUUCUUUGCUGAUUUUGAAGUUUCUUUUGCUUUGACUCUUUAGGAACAUGUGGGACCCAUGCUCCAUACAUGAGGCCUGUUUACCCCACAAAGACCUUCCCAAACCUGUACUCGCUGGCUACGGUAAGGCACAAGAGCACUGGCUGCUUAAGGGCUUCCAGUAUCUGUGCAUGUUAACCUUGAGCAACAACUUUGUAAGGGCUAUAUACAAACGAAACUCUCUAAAAACAUGUUAUUUCACCUGCAUGAUUGUAGUUUUGGAGGAUUUUGCAAGACCUACACUACAGGCCAAAAGUUUUGAAGCAAGGCCAUUACAGGCCGAACAGUUGGGAGUAACUUCAAGUUUUUGUUCGCAAUACUUUUUUAAAAAUCCAGCAUGAGUUUUCUGUAUUUUGGGAUGUAUUUACUCCAUGAUCAGAUGUUGCUUUCAUGGAAAUGCACCAUUUUACUCCAUUUACCUUUAGAUAUACAUUGAUGUUAACAGACCAUUGCUAAAUAUAUGUCAUCAAAGAUAAGGGCUUAGUUUUAGGGUUGAAAACAUUUGCAAGAGACAACUUAAGUGCAAAAGCAUAAAAACAAAUCACAGUUGGAUUAUUCACUUCAACUUUUUGGCUUUUGAGAGUCUGCAUACAAAAAUCCUAAUAAAUCUCAACUGCGUUCAAACUACCACAAAAAUGGCUAGAAAGAAGCAACUGAGUAAAGAAACAAAAGUACAGAUUUGUACAUUGAGGACAGAAGGAUACACAGAAAGAGAAAUUGCAAAACGCCUAAAGGUGUUUAACAAAGGAGUCCACUACACUCUGAAGAGACUACAGGAACCUGGAAGUUAUGAUGACAGAAAAAGACCUGGACGAAAGAGAGUUACUACAAAAGCAGAGGAUAAACAUACUAUUGUCACCAGUAAGAGAGAUCGGCGAAAAACAGCACCAAAAAUAAGGGAGGAAAUCAACAUGACAAGGUCGAAACUCAUAUCUCUGACAACCGUGAAAUGACAUUUGAGAAAGGCUGGUCUGAAGGGUUGUGUAUCAGCAAAAAAACACAACUUCGUCCACAGAACAAGAAAAAGAGAUAUGAGUGGGCAAAAGCUCACAAAAAUUGGACUUAUGAUGACUAGAGACAAGUUUGCACUGUUCGGUUCAAAACGCAGAGUCAAUGUCCGCAGACAAAGUGGUAAAUGUCUGAAAGCACCAUGUGUUACACCCACAAUUCAGCAUGGAGGUGGUAGUUCCAUGGUAUGGGGAUGUUUUGCAGGUGAUGGAGUAGGAGAUUUGUUUGAAGUAAAGGGUAUCAUGAAGAAGGAAUAGUACCACUCCAUCCUCCAGCACCAUCUGGACUCAGACUUGUGGCUCAUAAGUUUGUUUUGCAGCAAGACAAUGACCCUGAGCACUCUGCCAAGCUCUGUCAGGGUUACCUAGACAAAAAAGAAGAGGAAGGUGUUCUUCAAAAGAUGGUUUGGCCCCCUCAGUCUCCAGACCUUUCUCCAAUAGGGCGUGUGCGGGAUGAAUUGGAUCGAUCGGUCAGAAAGGCACGUCCCACGAAUCAGCAGUCUCUUUUUAAUGAACUUAAGAAAGCUUGGAAUGCAAUCCCUGGAACAUACCUUAGAAAACUUGUGGAAACUUGCCAGAGGAGGUUACUUUAAAGAAAGCAAAGUCUAAGCAACAAUAACUCAAAUACCUAAUAAUUAUAGUCAAAAUGUCUUCUGAUAAGUUACUCUUUACACAAUAGUCAUGUUUAUUGUGUUGCAAAUUAUAUAUAUGAAACUAUGAUCUUUUUUGUACAAAUCUGAUCUUGCUUCCAAACUUUUGGCCUGUAAUGUAGAUCUGCAAGCUCUGUGAUUGUCAAAGCAGAGCCGUUUUUCAUUGACUUACGUGUUCACUGUGAAACCAAAAUACUACAAGAUGAUUGACAAUUUAAGCCACAACAAAAACCUUAACAAAGUGGUUCAGUGCCUAAACCUAACCAAAGUCUUACUUUGAGUAAAGAGUAACGUUACCUGUCUUCGCAGAUUCAACAUAAAAAUGUCAAAACCGGAUGUCCCAAGUUUUAGUACCUGGGUUUUGGUUUCUUUUUGCAGCUGAGUCAUAUUGAUCACGUCAUAAAUGCCAUCUAUGCCACUAUCAUAAAAUUUGCAUACAAAGUUCAUACCUCUGUUUUCCCUCAAUUAACAUUUGUGUCUUUGAGAGUAGGUGUAAUGACCGAAUUUUUCCGGGACAAGUCUUUUUUGUGACUCUGAUUCAAAGUCAUUUCCUUCUCACCCUGACAGACCUGACAAAGUUUGUCUUUUUACAUGCCACAGCAAUGCACCAUGAUGCACCUGGAAUUGUACAUCAUUCACAGCUAUCUGCUCUGACUCAUGGUUGAAUUCACAAAGUAAAUUGCUGAUUGUUAUUCAGUCACAAGUGUUAAGUUCUGCAGCUCUUGCAGUUUGCUCCCACCUUGCACAUGAUUGUGACUGAGCUGUAGGCAUCUCCAUUUGAUGACAGAUGCGACAUUAAAAAACAAAGAAGGGAUGUAUGUGAAGAUCUUUGUCUACUUCAUGGCUAGUUUUCAUGCUUCAAUGUGACAGUCAGUGUCAGUGCACAGUUUGAUUUAUUGUUUGAUUCUCUCUCAGGGUCUAUACCCAGAGUCUCAUGGUAUCAUUGGAAACUCCAUGUAUGACCCGGUGUUCGAUGCCACCUUCACUCUGAGAAGCCGAGAGAAACUCAAUCAUCGCUGGUGGGGAGGGCAGCCGGUAGGAUCAAUCUCUUCUUCCUCAGUCUGUUCUUUGUAUCAUCUGUAGUUAAUCGACCCUGUGCCUGUGUGCUCAUGGGUAAACUGACAAAGUAGGCUUUUUUACUUUUCGCUCUGGUAAGGGGAAAGUUUGUGUCUCUAAAUGCCAUGAAAUUAAUCUGACAGAUUGAAGGCCAACAAAGGCAGCAAAGACUUUUAUUUUGAAGCCAACUGCAGCAGGAAAGACAGGACUCAGUUCCAGCUGACCCAGCAGAUAGGCCUUCAGCCCAGUAAGGAGCAGCAGUGGUCCAUAAGUCGCUUUGACUUUGACUGCAGGGUUUCGAUCAGCUAUAGUAUUUAUUGGAUUCAAAUCACCAAAGAAACAAGGUAUUUCAUAAUGAGGAUGAAACUUUAUAUGGAAAAAAGUACCGGGUACUCCCUGGACACCCUCAUGGUGUGGAGAAUCACUGUCUUUAACACAAAUAGAUAUAAUUUACUGUCAAACAAGCAGACACAAGCUGGGGUGGAGCACAAACCAUUGGCUUCUUUCAAAACAGCUGAGACCAAACUGCUCAGUUUUUUUGAUCAGUCAAAGGAGUUGGUCCAGGGUUUUAGAUCAGCUCAGUACAGGACAGUAUGACCCAGUUCUAUUUCAUUUUCCUGACCAUAUCCUGCAUGCUAGGCUUGUUGGAAUUGGUGACCAGACCCUCAGUUCUCACACACUUUUAACCCAGUUUCUCAAAGGAGCCCAUCAGCAGAACCCCAGCAGGUUUUAAAGGUUCCCUCGGGGGGGACCUUUCCCUUGUGCCGAGGGCCCUUGGCUUCCCACCUUCCAAGCCCUUUGGGGUCUUGGGGUUAGAAUAGGUGUUUGCCUGUCUUCUUUCAAUGGUAACAGCAAAACAGGUGAGUGAGCUCCAUGCCUUGUGAGUGAUGCAUGCAUGCGCUUGUACCCAGGUGGUGCAGGAGUAGUGCUUUGGCCUAAUCCUUCAUUUCUUCUGAAGAGGGUGGCUCUGGGCCACUUCAACAAGGCUACAGAGCAGGCAGCUUUUGACCUGCUAGUGCCAUGGCAACAGCAGUCUUAUGGGAACCCUCAGGCCAGUUGUAGUAGAGGGGAAUUCCUCCAAACCAUGCUGGUAUUAGUCAUCCUGGCCCAGCUGGCUGUUGUCUGUAGGGAUUGGGGGGGCCUGGGCGCUGGUGCCCCCCUGUGGCAUGGCCUGCGACUCCACCCAGUGUGGAUGGCCCCAAAGAUGGUGCUUCCUCAAUCCUCAGUGUAAUGCCAUGUCUCUGUAUAGUCAGUAGUGACAGUGUGCAGGUGUGUGUGUGUGUGUGUGUGUGUGUGUGUGUGUGUGUGUGUGUGUGUGUGUGUGUGUGUGUGUGCGUGUGCAUGAUUGAUUGAUUGAUUGAUUGAUUGAUCCACUGUUAAGAACUGCCUCUGGCAGGCAGGAAGAAUGAAAUAUAACAAGAGUUACAAAUGCUAUGAAUUCUAGAUGACCGCCAGAGUUCUUCAUCACUCAAAAUUUUGUAAGUGGAUUAUGUUGGGAUGUCCCUCAGGGUGAAGUCAACUUCAAUAAGUUACGCCAUGCAUCACCCUUGGGCACAUGACCUUGUUGAUACAAAAUACGUGACCUGCACGAGAUCCAGUGUUCAGAACUGUCCCUGGCAGUCAUCCAGAAUUCAUAGAACUGCAGUUACAUUCUUAGGUCUUGUGUUUUUCUGACACAUUUGCUGAUGGUUUUCAUCAGAGGCUCCUGUGCUCUCUUAAACUGUAUCAGAUAGAUGUUACAAUAGAAUCUUUUUGUGUUUCAGAUCUGGAUCACAGCACAGAAACAGGGAGUGAAGGCUGCCACCUUCUUCUGGCCCGUGUGAGUCUGCAGUUUACACUUUCAGAAUAAAAGUAUUGAGCUAAAAGAGUCACUAAACAGAAUAAACAAAUCAGGCUUUUACUUUGAAAGGAUUACAGGCGUGUCAGUGUACUCUAUAUUUUGUUUUCUGCCAUCACAGACACACAUAUUUAAAAAAAAAAAAAAAAGGUUGUUAAAUUUUCGAUUUCAGGUGAGCCCUCUAGUCCUCACCUGCAGUCUGAAAGCUCCAACUUUUUAGCCAUUGCUGUGUGUGAAUCAUGAAUGAUAGUAACGCUAGAGCAAAAUAGAGACAUUGUUUAUUGCAGUUAGACUCAUGAAGGAUUUGCAAGCUGCUAAAGUCAGGGUCAGUCUAAGUCUCUGAUCAGGGACUACCACACAUACAUGGAGCCUUGAGACCAAGUGCCUCCUUUCUGCUCAGACAGCACAGUGUAAAUCUCCUGUUAUGGCCUCAGUCUGAGCCGCUCCUUAACAGUUUCUUUUGGCCCCUUCCUAUUUAUUCAUGUUACCUGAUAUGUGAAUCAGAGAUUGUUAAUAAAAUCACAGGGAGUCAAAUUGAGCUUGUUUAAUUCAGGGAAUGCAUAAUUUGUUGUAAUGUGUUGACGUUGGCUCUGACACAUGAAUAAACUGCCAGUAAAGAGUACAGUUUGUACCUGCAUAGCCAAGCACACUGCCUGCUGGUCAGGUGGCAGCUUGAAUGUGAACCUGUAAAACCCUGUGUUUGUGGGGUUCUUACUCUCACUGGUUUAAAAGCUGCCGCUACUCAUACUUCCCAAUGUGCGAGCUGAAGGGUCUGGAGAGAUGAUGAGUAUGGAGAAACUUUUCCUGGUUGUUUUAUGUAUAAAACAGUUUCUAAAGGGUAGAUUUAUCAAAGAGGCAACAAGAGGAUACCACUGAGAUAUGACGCUAGUUCACGACAAUGUUAACUCAAGAUGCUAACCAAAAGAGCUGGUCUAGACCAGACUCUCCAUGAUAUUUACAGAGACUAUUAAUGAUGGGAUGGGAGUGAGUCUGCUCUUGUGAGAUCAGACUCACUCCCAUCCCAUCUUCACCCACGAGUCAAACGCUUGACUGCAUUUAUCAAGUUUCAGUGGAGAGGAGGAAGUUCUUUUAACAGGCAGAAACCUCGAGCAGAACCAGACUGGUGUUAGACAGUCAUCUUCUGCAGUAAGAUAUUUGAGUUUAGUGAGCAUUAAAUUUAGAGAGUUAUUUUGUAUUUAUGCCAUCCAACCAGGUUAUUUACCUGGACAGACACUGCAGGUUUUUUUUUCCUCCCAUCUUGUGUCCACAUGUCACUCUAAUCGGGGACAAAGAGCUCAGUCUUGUCUUUAAAAAUGUCUCCCCAGGUUGUGUUUUUUUCUUUUCCUCCCAACAUACAGGCUGCAGGUUGUAAUGAGUCAUUCAUAAUUUAUAAAUAAUGACAAAAAUAAGAAAUGGAGAAAAUGGUAAAUAAUUGAUUUAAAAGGAAAACAAACAGAGCUGUAACUGGUUAUCCCCAUGAACAGUCAACUAUCUCUCCUCAUAAUUAUUCAGCAGAGUGUUUACGAACAGAGAUGUCACCACAGUUUCAGUUUGCUUACCCUUUACAUUAGCGUCUGUAUGUGUAAUUGAAUCCUUACCAUCAUCGUUUUCACUGACAAUAUAAAGAAAUGAACACCAAACAUGUCAGGUGUGAUAGGGAACCACUGUGGACAGUUGUUUCAUUAGAAUACAGCACAGCUGUUUAUUAAAGCGUUGUCAUGACUACAGCAGUUGUGUAAGUGAUAAAUCAUAAACUGGGAUUUAUUUGCUGGUGUCAGUUUUCAGAUCAAAUCUCCAGGACGUGUCUGCUCAUGUUCCUGCUGCAGUGAACCAAUAGACACACAGAAGAGCCCACAUUUACAGGCACAGAGGAGGCUUUGUAGAGCAAGAGAGAGGCAGAUCUCAGCUGAGCGAUGGAGUUUGGCUGUUUUUACAGCAAUUUGUGUAAAUGGGGCUGUUCACACUGUGCAGAGCUGGGGUCACAGACGAAAUGCUCUGGGGGCCGGAGUGUGGCUUACAGUGAUAAUCUGAGGCCAUGAGAACAACCUGGACGACACAUCUGAGAGUUUAGUCUCAUUGUAACACAGCGGGGAGGAAGACCGGGACAUGUUAUUGGUUGACUGGUUGGCUGUGUGGGGCUCAGCUUCCUGGGAGGUCGCCCCUUACCGUAACCACAGAGAACAAGUGAGAAUAUAAAGAAGAGAGGUAAAGAAGGGAGGAGAAGAAAGAGAGGAAGGGGGGAACAUUUUGUUGGGGGUGGGAACAGUGUACUGUCUAGAGGGGGGCGAGGACUUGCUGUCAAGUCCAAAACAGUGCAACUAUUUCUGCUCCCCACUGCCACACUCAUCAAACCCUAUUCAGGGCCUCCGACGUGGCCUGAUGCUUGACAGCUGUGGACUGUAUGACAGCCAGCUGCUUGGUUGGUGGCCUCAUCACUACACAGCAGCACACAAGCUCCCUUUGACUUUGAAACAUUUAAAACAGUCAGAGGGCUUUAAAUGUGUUUUACUCCAUAACCUCAGCUUUAUGAGGCUCUCUAAGAGCCAAAGGAACACUUCAAUGGUUCAACAAGCAUCUGUUUAUGACUUUGGGAAGCAGAUAGGGUUUCUGAAGCCAAUAAACUCAUUUAAUACCUUAUUGUGUUCCAGGGUUAUCCCAUUGGAGAGGAGGGUCUUGACUAUGCUGCAGUGGCUGCAUCUCCCAGAAGGAGAGAGGUGAAAGUCCUCAGUCUUUUCUUUCCUUUUUUGCAGUCUCAGCUCAAGGAGAAAUACUUACAAUAUUUCCUAUUGGUUUUGUUUAUGAAAGUCAAAGUUUGUAUUCAAAUACUGAAAUAGGAUCAGACUAAAAAUGGCAUUGUUUUCUUAAAAUUAAAAGAGCAUCAUGGGAUGCUCUAGUAAUCCAAUUCUUAUAGACCCAGAAUCCCUGAAGAGACAUUAGGGUAAAAUCUUUGUUUCACAACUGAGAAACUCUUACUAGAUCAUGAAGAGAAACAUCUGAAAAGUCUUUUUUUCUCCAAACUAACUGUUGUGGUAAAACUAAGUGAAGUGUAGUUGUUCAUGCUGCACUUUGUGGACAGUUCCCAUGCACUCCAAUCAUGGCUGUCCUAGCAUGUCAGCUCCUGAGAGUUUUACAUCUCACCAUCAAUAAUUCCUUGUAAUUGCCAGGAAAUCCCAGGAUCUCAGAAUUCCUGGAUUGUCCUUGGAGAUCUCUAGAAAGUUUCCCAAAUCUCUGAAUCUCAAGGCACUUCCUUAGAUCUCCAGAGAGUCUCUCACAAGAUUUUGGUAAGGUCCUCAAGGAUCUUCAGACAAUUUCUUUAAAUAAUGAAAAGGUUUAAGGGUCUCAGAAAAGUCUCUCAGGAUCUUUGAAAAUCUUUCAUGUGUCCCAGGAUCGUUAUCAAGGAUUCUCAUGAUCUUGAGAAAGUUUUCCAGGACUCCAGAAAAAAAAACCUCAAAAUAUUAAGAAGUUUCGUAAGGAUCUUAGGGAACAUUCAAGGGAUUUAUAAAAAAACUCAGCUAGGAUCUCUGUAAAAUUUACCAGGAUUCCCAGAAAAUCACUGAAGAUGUCAACAGACUGUCUCAGGAUCCCCAAAAGGGUGAAUCUCCAUAGGAGGUAUCUUAAGUUAUAAAAUAAGUCUCUCGGGAUUUAAAGACAGUUUUCAAGUUUUGGAGAAAGUUUCCAGGGAUCAUAAGAAAGCUUCUCAGGAUUUUAAAAAAAAUCCUUGUGAUUGGGGGAAUUCUGAGAUCCUUUAGGAUCCCAAAUCUUUAAAGUUGUCAACAAAGUCUUUCUGGACUUUUGGACAGAUUUUAAUUUUCAGAAAAAGUGUCCCAGAAGCUUUAUAAAGAUUUUUUCACAACCUGAAGAGGGUAUCAUAAGAAACAUUUUUUUCAAGAUCCGAAGAAAUUUUUACACCAUCUCCAGACAGUCCGUCAGCAUUUUAAGAAGGAUUCCCAGGAAUUUGACAAAGCUCUCAAGGAAGAUUUCCAGGAUCUCUCUUCUUAACCUUAAAUAUCAUUUUUUUCUUUGUUCAAAGCUACCAGACUCUGUUGACAAUGUACCUCAUAGAUCAGGAGUUGCUUGUUUAUGGUUUGUUUAGCAUUAAAAGGAUGUUAUUGGUCUGACAAACAUCUCUGUGUUUUACUAAUGAUGUUUGUGACAUCUGACUUGUUUCAGACCCUACGUUUACGCCAUGCACUCUGAGCAGCCUGACACGUAUGGGCACAAAAUGGGGCCGAUGAGCGCUGAGGUGAGUACCUCAUGUCUAUGCCUGUGUUAGUGAGUUAAAAGCAUGCAGAAAAGCACAGAAAAGAAACACAUAUUUACAAGCAUGUUUCUGCAGUUCUUCUGUGUCCUCCAUUAAUAUAAACACUGUAUGGAUUUCACCUCCUCUGUGUUUCAGCUCAACAACCCUCUGAGGAUGAUUGACAGGAUUGUCGGUCAGCUGAUGAACGGACUGAAACAGAUGAAACUUCACCGCUGUGUCAACAUCAUCCUGGUGGGGGACCAUGGUAUGCACAGAAACACCUUUACUCAUAUAAAAUACACACACACACACACACACACACACACACACACACACACACACACACACACACACACACACUUUGGCAAUUUAGUAUGAUGAAUAAGAACUGUUUUCCAUAAAAAGUUAGUUGCCACUCCCCUGCGUUAACUUCCUCAAUGCUUCUCACUCACUCACACCAAAUUUCCUGCUGCUGCUGCUAAGCUACAGUUCUUGCAGAGAUUUGACGAGAAGGUAGUAGGAAAGAUAUUGGAUACAGAAAGAGUGGAAGUUUUAGGUGAAUAGGUUUGGUUUGCAUUACACCUCAAACUCACGGUUGUUUCCAGGGGUUUUGGUGGAUUUGCUGGAGUGAACUUACUAUGCCAACAGUAAAAUUUAAAAAACAGUCCUUUACAGUUUUUGGACUAGCCAGAUAAAUAUGUUGUAAGUAGAUCAGUUUGAAUUCAGCACAGUGUUAGUUCAGGCAGGCCGCAAAGUCCAGCUCAGCUCACAGUACAAUCAUUAGAUGGGCUGACAGCUCCUCUAUACAUCAAAGUUACAGAAUUGCUUUAGCUGCUCACUUUUUCUGCUUCUUCUGUAAAGUGCUUCAGAACUCGCCUUAACCCUGGCUCCUUCUGUUUAUGCUUUGUCUGAUUUCAACUGUGAUGUAUGUAUUGUCAUUGAUGUCACUGAUAGUCCCGAAAAUGUCUUGGGGAUUUCUUUAAGUUACUCUUAAAAUUAUUUCUCUAAGUUAAGUUUGUCUGCAUUUCUCCAUACAUCUGCUGUUGAUGCAGUUUGUUUGGGCUUUUUUAAAGCUUUAAGUACCUGUAAGCCAUUUAGAUCUCAAAGUCUGUCAAAUGUCAGCUUGUGGAAAUUGCCAUGCUUAAUGGUAACGUGGCAGUACCUGAACUGGAAAUCCACCCUGGUAGUUUUGCACAGUUUUGCCUGUGCACCAUCUCUGUGACCCUCUUUAAAUGUAUACCGUACUUUUCCUUCAAACCAUUUAAAAGCUGACAUGUGAGUGCCAUAGAAACAUGAACCAAGUUUUUCUCUCUCUUUAUUGGCUCCUUGAGUUUGAGGUGAGUAGGAGUACACAGAACCCUGAAAGAAGUCAGAAAGUAUCUGAGUAAAUCUCUGCUUGCAUUCUCAUUUCAAGUAACUAAUAUAUUUAGCAUAGAUGUAUUCAGUCACAUUUUGAAAAUACACAGUAUAAAUGUGCAUGAAAUCAAAUAUGUUGGUCUAUCAUUAAAAAUAACUGUGAUUACCAGUCCAGCCCUUGACAGAACAAAAGUACAGAUGACCUCCUGUGUGUUCUCAGGUAUGGAGGAGGCCCACUGCGACCGUACAGAGUUCCUUACUAACUUCAUGAACAACGUUGAUGACAUCAUCCUCACCCCUGGGUCCCUUGGUCGAAUACGCCAGAGAAACCCUAACAAUACUAAAUGUAAGUGACGAACCAUAAAGUUUAUUACGUUGUGUGUGAAAAAAUGUUUCAUGCUGUAUUUUUUAUUAUAACUCAUCAGAAACAUCAAUGCAGUAAAUGUCAAAGCUUGCAGAUCUGACAGAUAAAGCCAAAGUAAAAGAGCUUUGGACCUACUGGGGGCAUUUACAGAAAACUGCACAAACAAUACAGAUCAUUUAAAAGUUAUUGACACCCUUUAUAAAAAGCAUGCAGUCAAUUUGACUGCUCUGGUAGUUUGAGGUAGUUGUACUCAGAUCUCUUUUGUGUUUUGAAAUCUUAAUGAUGAAAAAAUGUUAGAAUAAAAUAUGCACACAUUUGGGAAAGUCAGGGUGCGACUGGUGUAUAGGUUUUAUUUUGAAAAAGUUAAGACAAUUUUGAAAGCAGUCAAAAUGAUUGCCUUGGUAGUUGAAUGUUAAAGGUCCACAGGUAGCACUGAUCUCAUGUUUACAAUGUAAUGAGUUAGGAGAAAUAUCUUCAACCAUACAGCUGCUUCCAGUGAAACCAUGCUGAACAGAGAGGAAAACAGUGAUUAUGUCUGGCCUGGAUGUAUAGGUGCAGCUUUGGACAAUCAAGCACAGUAACACCACAGUCGACAGACUAGUUUCUGGUAGCUUUGGUGCUGUGGGGAGGGUCCAGGUCCUUCUGGAAAAGAUAAUCUGUAUCUCCAUAGAGCUUCUCAGCAGAUGGAAACAUGAAGGUCUGUAAGACUUUGGGCUGCGCUGACUCUGGACUUGAUAAAACACAGUAGACCAGCAGCAGCAGGUGACAUAGUCCCGCAAACCAUCACAGACUUUGGUAACUUCACACUGGACUACACCUUGGAGCACCUUGGAUUCUGGGCCUCGCUGAUCUUUUUCCAGACUCUGGGACCCUGAUUUCCAAAUGAGAUGUUAAACUGACUUCCAUCUGAAAACAGGACUUUGGACCACUGAGUUAUAGUCCAGGUCUUGUUCUUCUUGGUGAAGAUCAGACUCUUCUGACAUUGUAUCUGGUUCAGGAGGGUCCACGACACUUGAAUAGUCUUCUCUGUGCAUCCAGCUCACAUUUUAAGAGUUUGUACCCUCUUCGUCGGGGUUUACAACACUUUUAGCAAAAAAAACGGGAUGCAGUGAUACUGGGGCGAGUACGCUGGACCUGCAGAAAUGGAAACAUUGUCUUCUAAAAGUCCUAAGUGACAAGACAUUAUUUUUCCUUCUCAAUGAUUAGACGAUUUAUUCAGAGUCUGUGUACGAUUGUUUGCAUGUAUUCUUCUUGUGGGUGAAGUUUAGAUCUACUAUGAGUAAACUGGAAAACUACAUGGUUUGUUGGACUGAACAAACUCAGAAUUCUGCUCUAUUUUUCAGAUGAUCCAAAGGCUGUUGUUGAAAAUCUGACAGUAAGUUUCAGAUCUGUAUGAAAACUAUACCCUCUGUGGAGUGUGAAGUUAAUCAGUGACUUUUAUCAGAAAUAAGGUACAGCAUGUUAAAUGGAUAGUAAUACAAAUCCAUAAUGAUUCAUUACAUUUCUUAAAGAAUUUCUAUCAUACUUCAGUUUACAACAAUGUUUACAGAAAAAAAUAAAUUAUAAACACUGGAAAAUACUUAUUUUGUUCUACAAUUUAGGUCAAGAAUUCGAACCUGGGCUUGCCUCUUGAGGAAUAUCCUCUCUAUAUGGGGUGUGGACUGCUAAGCCAGCAUGAUAUUUCUGUCUUAGAAAUGCAGUUUAUUAAAAAUAUAUGACAUUUUAAAUGGUAAGCAAUUGACUUGAUAUAAAGUUUAAAAGAAAAUUAAGAUAAAACGCUGAAGUAGAUCAUGAAGUACUCGCUUGUCAAAAAUACCAAACAUGUUAAAUGUUAUAUUAAUUGUGUUGCUGACAGGGUAAAUUAGGCCUUUUAUAUAUAUCUCUCUCUGGGUCUCUUUUUACUCCAUUAUGUGAUUUUUUUCCUGUUAUAGUGUAAGAAAACAGACCAGCACUUCAAACCCUACCUGAAACAGCACCUGCCAAAGAGACUGCACUACGCCAACAACAGACGCAUUGAAGACAUUCACCUGCUGGUGGAGAGGAGGUGGCACGUUGCCAGGUACAGUGCCAGCACAGUUCCAUAAAAUACAAAAGAAAGGAAAAUAACUGUCGAUAUUUAUAUUAUUUAUAACAUGGGACUGAACUUGAAUCCAUAGAUGUAGUCUGAGUGACUAAACAUAUUUGUUUCUUAACUUACCAAAACAGAAACAGGACAAACUGAAGCUUCAGCUGCCUCACUAUCAUCUCCUGUGUGUUCGUCUGUCAAUCAAGUCAGCCACACCUCUAAAGCUGCAAAACUUAUAAUCUUUAUAUAUUCAAAAUGAAUAUGUUAUAAAAUAAAUGACUCCCUAUACAUUAUUUGUGGGUAGAAAAAGGAGCAACCUGGACAGACCAAACCCGUUUUUUGAACUGGACAGUCAACAGAUUUAUUUUUGGUCUAAAAAUGUUUUUUUCUGAAAGGGUGUGUAGAGAAUAACCCCUUGUAAAUCUACCCAAAAAGGGAUCUCUGUGUCAACCAUUGGAUGGAGCACCAAAGGUUAAAAAACAACAGCCAGGUUAGCAGUCCAGCCUCAAUGAGGUGGUGAUUUUAUUAAUCAAAACAAUGUGAGCAAAAUCAACAAAAGCAACUAAACAACAGUUCUAACCAAUGAAGAAAACUCAAACCUCACAGCAGGCUGUUACCAGCCCCACACACCUCUGGAAAUGGCUGGCUGCUCUUUUGAAAAAACAUUCAGGAGCUCCACACUGACUACUCAGGCACAGGUGAACUCACUUGACCUAAUCAAGUUGCUGUGGGGAGAGUUGGUCUGGUGAAAAGGCAUUAAGAAGCUUUUUCACAGGCUGUGUCUCAUUUCAGAGACCGCAUCAGGCUGAGCAUGCUCAAGCGCUUAGCUGAGCACACUGCCGUUAUGUGGACUUGAGUCCCCUGAGUGAGAUGGUCUGGUUUUUGUGAAAUGGGACGGACUACCCUUUGGAGGUCUUCCUGGUUGAGUCGCCAAAUGUCCCCGCCCUCAGGCUCGUGACGCAAGCCGAGGGUGGGGACAUUUGGCGACUCAACCAGGAAGUCCUCCAAAGGGUUGACCCUCCCAAUUCACAAAAGCUGAUCCACCUCACCCAGGGUACUCAAGUCCACAGAAUGGCAAUGCGCUCAGCUGUAUGCAGUCUAUGGCCCAAUCAAACCGACCCCUACACACUCGCCCUUCACUACCGAGUGUAACUCGUAAUGAAGUUACACUCCCAGCUGUGGGGUGCGCCUCAAUUGAGACGGGAGGGUAUAAACAAGAUGGGCGGGUAUGGGACGCCCUCCUCACUCCACCGGAAAAACUGAAAGAUCCAUCAUCAUAGCAAUACAAAGAUGUGUCAUGUGCACUGCAGCGUUUCUUAUCUUCAUAAAUGGGCAUCAUGUACAGUUCUGAGCCGCACCAGCAGCCUUGUUUUUUCAUUGUCCCACUGAAAUCAUAAAUCCAGCAACCAUUACAGUGACAGGAGCUAAAUUAUACUUCUGAUUGUUAGUGAUUCCACACGUCUUUGAACCCCUUUACUAUUUGACAUGUGCCUGCACAAUCAAACCUCAGCACAGAGUAAAUUUUCCGACUUCGGUUUGAUCUUCCCAAACCACGUCGUUUGUAAUUUUUUUUUUUUUUUGUCAUUGAGACAAAGUUGGACACAUACAGAAUUAUGUUUGUAUGUUGUUUUCUCCUCCUCCAUUUUUGCUGGCGCACUACCUGCAAAUCCUGUCAUGAGUGUGCAUCGGUGCAGACUCGCUAUUUGCGGGCUGAACAGUCCACUCGCCCUCCUCACUCUGUGGUUUGAGACAGCCUUAAAUAUGGCGGAGCCUCCGCGGGGACGCGCAAACGGAGGGAGAGUGUGUAGGGCGAGUGUGUACGGGAUAGUUUGGGAUUGGGCCACAGCCUGUGUUCUUGUGUCAAACAGGGUUACUUUGUGACGGUUUUUUGUGUGUUUUUCUUUGUUUAGACUAUAGCUGGAUAGUUGGAAUUUUGAUUUCCGUGUAAACAACUAGCAAACUGGUCACUUGAAAACAUCCCUCAGAUUAAUAAAGUUCUUCUUAUUCUUAUUAUCCACCUACAGUUUGUUACCAACUGGUUGUAUUGCAUCACAGCCAAUGUAUCCCCUUUUACUGUCCCCCAAACAUCUGUGUACCUCCAUAAAAUCUAUUUUAACCAGUGGCCUAAAGUCUGAGUGUGCUGCAAUUGGUUGUGAAAAACUGCAAACAGCACAGAGUUUGUAGUAAUCAAUCUAAAGUAGUCACCCCAGUGAGAGAAAAGAGGGUCAAAGUAAUUUAGCCUUGAUAUGUUGCUCUAAGUCUCUGUACAGUCAGCCAGUGUUGAUGUGCCUUUUUUUAGCCCAACCAUCUCUGAGCCUUUUUACUGCACAUCUUGUUUUACUUAAAAACACAUCUUAUGUCAACACUGGCUACUAUCAAUGCAUCAUUAACACAUGCAAAGCUGAAAGGGUUUAAGAUAUGCUGAAGCCACACUCUGGUAAAAACAUAAGCUUUGACAAACCUUAAUGGCACUCGAAAAUGAGCUCUGACAGAUGUUUGAUGUGGAGCUGUAAGCAGCUGACCUGCAGAGAUUCAGUGACAAAGUAAACUAUGAAGUCAUCACAAGAGAGAGAGUGCAAAAACAAACCACUUCAGCUCACCCUGCCAUGAGUGUACAUGUGUGUGCAUAAAGCUGUCGUGCUGUUUCAGUUACUAAACUAUUGGAGAGCUACACUCUGCCUCUACGAAAGCACACACAUACGCAAAUGCGCAAACACACACUUGCAGGGAACCUAAAUGAAAGAGAUCUUUGAGGUUUCUGUGCAGCUCAGAUAGACAGACAGGCUAAUUGCUGGCACCAAAGUUGUGAGUUUUUACACACACACACACACACACACACACACACACACACACACACACACACACACACACACACACACACACACACACACACACACACAGGAACAUGUUGUGUCGUCAAUGUCAGCAUAAGUCCCUCAACCAAAUGAAACUCUGGGUUUGUCUUGUUUCCACGUCAUCUCGUCAUUUAGAUUAUUCACAUUUUUGUGGCUACACCACUGAGGGGCACACACACACAUGCGUACACAGUUACAUACAGUUAAUCAAGGUGUAUAACUGGAAGUGGUGUUUAAAUGGACACUUAAUUAGAAGUGGCUGUUUUUCAUUCAGAGGACUGUGGUUAAGUUGUCUGAGGGGAUGGUUGUCCUGAGCUGAGGGCUCAUACAAGUGAACGUCGACAACCUCCUGCAGUUAUGCUGCAUGUUGCACCAAUGCGUUAUACAUGUUAUACUGUUCCUUUAUUUGUUUUGCAGUUUGAGGUUGUCACAACAUGAAUCAACAGAGUCAUGGCCCUACAUGUGGCAGGUUGGCCCCUCUGGCAUUGAGAUACUGUCCCACCUGAAGAAGUGGGACAUCAACAGGUGGACUAGUGUGUGGCCAGCUCUUAGGUCUCUUAGGUGUUUUGUGUGCCCUGCCCCUGCUCUCAAAUAACUCUCAUUUUCACUUCAUUAUUAUCAGCUCAGAGCAUUAAAAAGAUAAGAUUUGGAGUACCGGGAAGUUGCAAAUGCUGUUAAUGUUUGCCUGGAGGAGGAGAGGGGAGAGCAGGGAGAGAAGCAGGUGGAGAGAGGACAGCAAAGAGAGAGAGAGGAGCAGUAGGAGGAGAAGGAGCAGGUGGAAAAAAGAAGAGAGCAGGAAGAGGAGCAGGAGGAGGAGAGAGAAGAGCAAGAGGAGGAGAGCAGGGACCAGAGAAAUAUUUAUAUCUCCAAAUUGUUAUUUUUGUCACUAUCAAUGCUACAGCUAAGAUAACCUGUCAAAACUGUUGUACACAUCACAAUAAUAAAUUACAGCAGUAAUGACAUGAAAGUAAUAUUAUAGGUUUAGCUUUAGUCAUUCAUCCUCAGCAAUUGUUUCUGCCUUUUUCCUGCAACUGUGCUAAUCUUGGUCUGGGGUUUGUGUUUAAUUUCUUUAUAUUUGCCAAACAUGACAGUUAAUGAUGAUCUGCUGAUGGAAUAUUUGUCCAUAUAUGAAUGCAAAUGCUUUGAUUAAUUCUUAAUUCUGGAUGAUUCUGGAAAAUAGCUGCUGCUUAAUUUGGCCAAGACUGCUGCUGCAGUUUUGCUGCUGUCCUGGCCAGGCCACUCUUGAAAACAGAUUCUUAAUCUCAUUGAGGCCUCCCUCUGGUGAAAUUAAAUAAUAAAUAAAAACCAAUAGUCGUGGGUUGACCCAACAGGUGAAUUACCAUCUUCAUCCAUAUCACACAUUAAUUUUUUGAUGUAAAUAAAACCAGGUGAGCAAAAGAUACCCUGAGUAAGUUAAACUUGCUUUUCAAUUUAAGUUUGUGAGUGUAAGUAUCAAUUUGCAUCAUUAAGAUAUUGACCUUUGCAUUGAAUACAGGAGAGUCCCUGAAGGCAGGAGGCACUGUGGCUUCGCUGGUGACCACGGAUACGAUAACAAGAUCAACAGCAUGCAGGUACUCUUGAUUUUGAGCAGACUUUGUGAUAUAAAACAAUAUUGCCUUUCACUGUGGGCUCUCUCUCUUUGAGAGCUCUGAUUUAAUACUACCAAACAGAGUUGUUCAACAUUUUCUGUGAUAUACUUUUGGAUUGGAUUUUACAUAUAACUUUGUUUUUCAGACGAUUUUCUUAGGAUAUGGACCCACUUUUAAAUUCAAGACUAAAGUUCCAGCCUUUGAAAACAUUGAGCUUUACAAUGUCAUGUGUGGUAAGACAGGUUUCAUCUCUUAGCAUGUGAUGUAUGCAUAGCAUUAUUGAAUGCAUGUGUUUGUUUACAGGAGUGUAUGGAUGUUUAGGUUCGGAUGCAAUGUAAAUGACCGGGCACAAUUCCAGCAUUAUUCUGUGUCAGUUUCCGCACUGCUGCCCUCUCACCAUUGUUAAACCAGCCGUCUCGAGCUAAUUUCAUUUAAUCAAUACAUAUUAACACAUUCAAAUUAUACUUGAGUAUGUAAUUUAACUCACUUUAUGCAUUAAAUGCUAAGAGUAACCAAAAUGACUGUAAACAUCUAAAUUACAUUGAAUUUUGGCGAUAUUUUAUCAAUACUAGAUAUAUUAAGAGAUACAACAGUGACACCUAGUAGACAAAGGGGAAAAAAUAUUAUUAGAUGUCUCAACAAUAACAACAUAAAUUUUACUAGAUUAAUAUCUAGUAAAAUCUAGUAAAAUUACUAGAUUUUACUCUACAGAUCUCUGCAGCAGUACUUUAGCCAUGUGACACAGGGGGCAAAUCGUAUCGAGUUAAAACCUUGUUUUAAAACACUAUCUCAAUUUCUGUAUAUCAGUUAGUGAAACCAAACAGUCGGAUAAUGUAGUACAAUAAACACUUAAUGGAGAAAACCAGAAACUACAGCUUUGCAAUUUUCAUGGUAAAUAGAAAAAAAAAUACCACCACAUGUUUCACAAAACUUACAUUUAGCAUUAAUAGUUGGCAAUGAUGAACGGACGCGAGGAGCAACAGUAACCCUAGAUACAGAAGCUGCUUAGUGCACAAAAGGUAAUACUUUGUGGAAGCACUCAAGUAAAUAGAAAUAUUUUGCCAGACAAAGCUCACAAAUGACUAAAAGCGAUAAAUCAAAAAUAACGUAAGUAUGAUUGCAGACCCAGACUUAUUUUGAACUCCAUCGCAUGGACAUAAAAGGUUGAUUUAAUAAUGACAUCUUCAAUGAACUCUCAAGCCUGACAGUUUUAUGGUUUCUCUCAGAUCUCUUGGGUCUAAAACCAGCUCCCAAUAAUGGCACCCAUGGCAGUCUGAACCACCUGCUGAGAGGCCCACCGUACAGACCCAAUAUUCCAGAGGAGGUCUCCAGACCAGCAGCCUCUGGUCUUGUUCCUGCAGGGACAGAUGACCUGGGCUGCAGCUGUGACGACAAGGUCAGCCAUGAUGACUCAGUGGCAGACCUGAGACCAGCUUCCUGUCAACUGCUACAAAACCAACCCAGUUUUCAGGAGAUUGGCUUGUCUUUCAGCUGACCUUAAAUAGUGAUGUGAACACCAACAUCAUCCUGGUGUCGUGACGCGCAAUGAUAAUAUGGUUAUCAGAUGACAUAAAUACAAGAUGGCUUCAUAUUGAAAAGAGUUGUAGUACUGAUAUUCCUCUAUCAGUGCUUCCCUUUAUGACCCUCUCUUUAAACUAUUUUCACAAGUAGGCCUACCAUUCCAUCAGAGCUGCAGCUGAAAUACUACACCUGAAACGGUCACACAGUCUGAUUAAACAUGAAGUAAAGAUGAGAAAGAGAUAGCAUUCGUCUAAUUUUCUGCAUUGACUCUUGGCACUUUUGUCUUAUCUACCAGGUCUUUUAUUUCAGGGUGUAUUUUCGUCUAGAUUUAGAGUUUAACUACACAUUUUUUCACAAUCCUCUGGUGUUAGGACAGAAUAGACAUUUGUGUUCAUUUUGUGACCAACAACAGAGCAGCUGGCAUGUCUGGUUUUUAACCUCUGACAUCUUUAUUCUGCACAUUACAGCAAAACCACAACAGCAUAGGAGGAAGCAGAUUCAAAUGAGGACAAGGAGUGGUUUCAUACAUGCCAGUGUGGUUACUCCACCACCAGAGCUGAUUCAAAUAGCCUCAUAGAAGCUGUGUUUUCUUUCUGGGUGGGCUAUAAUGCUGAGGAUGAUUAUUUCCACACCAGUGACAAGGAGUCCUCGUAGACGUACUGGCUCUUGCUGCCCAUAUACCCCAUUUUGUCAUUAACAUGCUAUAUGGCAGUUUAUGUCAUAUUUUGUUGAGUUCAGAUGUUGGGAUGAAGUUGUAAAGAAAUGGGCUCCUUCACUGCUCAGUUUGUGCAGUUUGUGUCAAAGAUAUCAGUCUCUAUUGUGAUUAAGUUUCCUUUUUUCUUGUCGUUUUGGUAAGGGUUCAUUUCAUGUGACCUGACUAACUAACUGAGGUCAAAGGUCAUAGAGUUAGUAUAGGAGGGCAUUGAGAUCCUUGUUUUUGCAGUUGCCACCCCCAUUCCUCAUGUUAACACGAGGAGAAAAUCAGUGUAUUGGCAUCAAGGUUAUGCUUGAGAGAAAGAAGGUAAUUUUUUUCAGUGAGGAUAGGCUGAUAGAUUUCUCUUGACAUACUGUGAAAAACCUUAAUUUGCUUGUAGUUCUGAAACUAACAGUGACAAAAUGGAUGAGGAUGGUAUCUAAUGGAUGUCUAUAUCACUCAGAGGUAAGCGAAUCAACAAGCCAAUCCCUGAUUCUGGCCAUGUCUCUCAUGUGUACUGUGAUUCUUAUUUAUUAUCAUGCAUGGACCACUUCCUGAGUUUAUGCAGCAGAGCAGUUUUGCUGUCAUGAGCUGUUUAGUGCUAACAGAUAACACAGUCACACAGCAGCUUUUAGUGAAUCUUACAACUACUAUAACGUAUUUAUCAGCCUUUUUUUUUUUUUUUUUUUUACAUUAAACCUCAGUAAACUCCCAGUCGAUAUGUUCGCAAACAUUUUCCUGUAUAUCAUGACUGUUAGAAUUGCAUCUGUCGUUACAGUUCCCUCCUCUGUACUCACAGUCAAGUUGAAUCUAUGGGACCCUUAAUUGUCUCCUAGAGGCCAAAUCAGACCCUUGCCCAGUUCAGGUACCUCAGAUUAACCUGACUGUGAUGCUGGCAAUAUGCAAACCAUUCAAGUCUCUGAACCGUGGUUUACCCUGAGACAACAGAAGUAAAUCAGAAACAUGGGUCCUUCUUUUUACCUACUUUGUGACUUAAUAACUGAUGGACACUGAGCAUGUGUUUUUCUUCCUAACACUUCAGAAAUCUUGUUAGGCCACAUUCACCUGACAAGUCCAGAAAUAGAUCUUACUCAUGUUAUGAUAUUACAGGCAAAAAUAUAGACCUGAAUUACCUGUAAUAACUAAAGAAAAAUUUUGAUGGAGCUAACACAACUAAACCUUCAGUUUCUUGAGUUGAGCUUCUUAAUUGAAAUUUUCCAUGAACUUAAGGCUGGUUUUUGACUUCAAAACCCCCUGUUUGAUAUAUUUAUUGUUGUUACUGAAUAUGUCCUGAGCACAUGAAGUCUUGUUUAAAAAACAGUAACAAAGUUAUCUUACCAUACUGUAUUUUGGCAACAAAGUAAUUCCCUGGAAACUUUUGCCAAGGAGGGCCUCCUCACGGAGGCAACAGUAUGGAGAGAAUAUCUUUGAAGGAUAAAAGUCCUGUAUUUACAGGAAACAUUUGUUUCUUUCUCUUCAAAGCCAUCAGAGGGUCCUGACAAAAACAGUCAUUUUACCUAGCAGAUAACAGGAGUUCCUAGUUCAUUGCAACCUCUUCUGGUUGUUUUUUGUGUUAAUUUGUGACUUCACAUGAUCACAGUUUUUUCACAUCAACACAAAAAAGCCAACCAUGCAGUAGAAUGAACUCCUUGGUCUGCAAAGGAGAAUGUAUUUAUCAGUGGAGUCUGGUGGCUUUAAAUAUGAACUCAUCAGUUUGUAGUGCUCUGCCUCGUGCAUAAAUGUACACAUGCCUGCUAUUGUGAAAAGUCCCUGAUUGUUUGUCUCAGUGGGUAUAACAACAAUCCAUACAUUAAUAUGACUCCCGCAGUGACAUUUAUAUGUUUUUGCCUCUUGUCACUAAGUCACAAUUGUGUAAAUAACAACAACCCUGUCUGCAGAUUUCUCUCGCUCUCAAAGCAAAUAAGACCGGCACCGAAUAUGACCUCUUUGCACCCUGCUUCUCACUGAGCACCCCAACCAUGCUCAGGUGAACUAGCAACAUGUGGUUGGACAGGCCCUAAUUCACUCUUGCGUCUUAGAUUGCUUACACAGGGCCCAUAAAGUUUGAUGUUUUGCAAGCCGACCAAGUUCUCAUUUCUGGCAUGUAAUAUCUUGAAAUUUGACUUGAAUCCAGACCAGUAUAACACCUUUACUAAAAAGAAGACAAUAUCUCUCGCUGAGGUUUGAGUUUUUGCAGUGCUGGGAAGUUUAAGUGCUGCUGGACUUUAAAAGGGCCAAUUAUAUGAUGUCUCACAAUAGGCAGUGAAAUCUGAUUUGAGUGCCUAAAUUCAGCGAAAAGCUCCCAGCCACAUUCAUAAUCAUAACUAGGUCAAACUGAUUGUAGUAUGAAUAGACAUCACCGUGUUUGACAUCACACAUGCAGCAGCACAAGUGACUGACAGGGGUUACUAACUUUUCUCUUGCAGUGCAGUAUAAUUUGUGUUUAAUCAACAGAUCUGGGAAAAGCAUCAUCUCCAUGGGAGUGUCACCCAUGAUUAAAUGAUGAUUUAAGUGUGCCUGUGUGUUUGAACAAGCAUGUUUAACUUUAAACUUGUGUCUAAUCACCUCUUAUCUCCUAUUCAGCUUCAACAUGAACUGAAAUAACUUUGCUGCCUCUUUGCUUUCUGCUGCAGAGCUGGAGACUCCUCACCUCCAAGUCAAUUGAUUCAGAUUAGCCUGUAGAAAACCUGCUAAACAAAAGCUAUACCACAUGUUCUGGUACUGGAGCAUUUGAAACUGAGCUCCUGAACUGCUUGGAUUGUAAGUGAGUUGGCUCCAGCUCUCCUCUCCAGUGUGUCUCUUCAUCUGCAAUGUGUUUGUGAUUCCCAUGUGGAUCUCUGGCAAGAGAUUGUUUCAAUCUCCAAUCUUUUUGCAGUUGCGUGUAAAAAGUAGGGGCCAGAGAGGUUUGAAAGUGACCCUUGUACGAGGCUAUAACCUGGAGUCACUCUGGCUCUGUCUCUUACAGAACAAAGUGGACGAGCUAAACCAGCGACUGAGGCAAGCCAUUGAUGGUCAGUGUUUCGUGAUGCUGCUAUAUUUCUUAAACAAGUCACAUUUUAGCCAUAGGAAAUGUUGUGGUUUUUUUUAUUCCUGUUCCCUAUGUGAUUCUGCUGUGCAGUUAAAGGUUGAAUGAGUAAACACCUGGAUCAGCUGGCACCAGGGAAAUAAAUUGUAAUGAAAGUAUUAUAAGAGUAUUACCACUAUAAAUUCUUAUUCUUGCUGCUGACUGUUUCACUUGGUUUGACUUGGAGCCUGACCACAUUUUGAGAAGGAUCCCUUCAGACAAAGACCUGUAUUGUUUUGGAAAAAACCCUUCACUAUUCAUCACAAUAUUGCUAUCUUUAAAACCACCAGACAUAACAUGAGAGUUUGAACUGUACCACGGGCCUAAAUACUUCUGUUGUUCAAUUUUUAGUUUUUUUUUUUUUAUUAUUAAUUUUGUUUAACUAGGAAUGCCUCACUGAGAUUAAAAAAUCGUUUUCUUCAGAGUUUCCCAACAAAGAGUCGCAGCAGCAGCAUUUCUUAAAUUUACAGAUGUACAGAAUAUAAUCUUGGUCACAUGAUAGAAAUUUUAAAUAAAAUCAUUGAAGGAGAGCAGCUCCUUCAGACCCAAAUUCUCCUGCAGGAACCCCCUGAAACUCUUUUUACCUAUUUCAAGACACUUGAUUGAGACCAGAAGCAAAAAUAUGUCCAGAUAUUAAUAAAGGAGAAGCAAAUAAAAGAAUUGUAAAUGUAUGUAGACAAUGCAUGAAGCAUACAUAGAGCAGCGGUGAGUCAUGGUCUUAAGGUUUGUACUAAAUUUGAGGCUCCAGCAGAAUCCAGAGGGUGAAGGCAGUAAGAUGAUGUAUACAUGAAACUAAGGCAUAGGAAAUCAGGGACAUGAUAUAGACAUAAAAACAGCAAAGUCAAAUCACUGCUUUUGUCAGGAGUCUGGUGGCUUUUUGGGAAAGACUAUGAUAUUUGUAUUCGCCUCUUUAGUGAUGUUGGCAGGCUUUCUAAACCCGUUAGUGGUUUAAAAAAAAAACACAGCUCCACCAGAAAUUUUUAACACAAGAAAUAAGUUUAAAUUGUUAACAACUUAAUUUCAUUUAUCGGCUAAAACAGCUGUGAAAUGUUUUUUGUUUUUCCUAAACAUAAGUUAAGAUUGAUUCAGAUCACUGAGGUUCAGUGAUCUUUACUAUCUAUACAAGCUUGUAGGAUCCAAAUGUGGUUAUGGUGAUGUCAUAAAAGGAACAAUUUCAACUGAUAGAGCACUUUUUAUCACAGCCGAUAUACUGUAGACCCAUAAGACUUCCUGGCGGUGUUUUCUUUGUAAUAUGUACAGUUGUUCUUUUCACAUUUUAAACAUUCUCAAAAAUGUCCUCUGGCCAAAAGCAUCAUGAUCCAGACAGGAUUUCAGUGUUUUUUAAGCAUGUCUUGUCUGUGUCUGUGUCUCCCUGUGCUCUUCCCCUCUCAGACAGCAGGAACCUCCCACAUGGUCGACCUGCUGUACUCUUCCGCACCAAAUACUCCAUCCUCCACCACAGCAAUUACAUCAGCGGCUACAGCGAGGCUCUCUCCAUGCCUCUCUGGACGUCAUACACCGUCAGUAGACAGGUAGAUAUUUUUCAAUUCCCUCACAUUAUACAGGGGUAAUUCAUCUUGUAGAUAUGAGGGCUACAGGUCUUGCAUAGUUAGGGGCAUGACCGAUCUUAAAAGUCUUGUAGGGAGUUUUUAACUGGUUGUGAAACAGACUGAAACUGAUAUUGAUGUUUCUUGAUGAACCAUAACAGCAAACAAAACAAAUCAACAAGCUUCGGAAUUUCAAUAGCAUAAUUUUAGAACAGUGUCGAGGGGGUUGAUGUCAAAGCUGAUAUUAAAGAAAGAAAGAAAUAGCAUUUUUUUUACAUUUUCAGCCGCAAAUGUUCACAUAUUUGGUCCUUGAAGGAAAGCAGGAUGAGAUGUCUUGUCAGAAAACCACUCUACCCUGUACAGGACAAGAUUAAGCAAAAUGAUCAGCUGUGCGUCUUUGCCCACAGGGGGCACCAAAAUCAACACUAAACAAAAGUUCCUCUCAGCAGAUUUUAAACAGACGAACAAUCAGUGGCAGUUAGCAAGGAGGCUAAAGGCCUGUCUCUGUGUUUGAAGUUAGGCCGUCUAAAAGUUUGGUUGAGUCUGCAUUUUCAACAUGGCGUCUACUUUCGAUAGGCUUCAUAACUCUGCUCCAGACACUUGGGGUGGUAUCACUAUUUUGUCCAUGGCAGCCAGGAUUAAACUGGCCACUGCUGUUGUCAUGUUGUAUGAUUAAAUCAUUUUAUCAGUACUGAAUUAACAGUGUUUGAUAAGAUAUUUACUGAAUAUUAAAAGCUGUCAAAAUGAACAUGUUAGCGUGGAUUACUCCAUCACAAUGAUCAAUCUGAUUAAAAUUUUUACAUAAUUAACCUAUCUGUAGUGCAGAAUGACUCAAACUCCCUGAAACAUUUCUGGCAGCCCACUUCAGGCAGUUUGUCCAAGUAGUGUUAUUGCUGCACAUUUACAAAGAGGUAGUUGAUCUGGUAGUCAUAGGCUGAAUAGAUAGAUAGAAAUGAAUAGCAGAUAUGACAUGUCCCUUUGAGCUGUGUGCCUUCCUGGUAGCCAUCUUGGCAGGGGCAUCAUUGAAUUAAUCUCAAUGCAUGUACAAUUUAAAUAAAUCAUAACUUGCUCAUUUCUCAACUGAUUUUCAUGCGGAUCAUGUUAUUGUCAAUGCCAAAACGUGCUAUUAGUACAGAGCAUUUGAUUAAAAAAAAAAAAGAAGUUUAAUCAAAAGUUCUGUAUUUAUUGCACAUGUUUUGGCAUCGGCAAUAAAGUAAACCGCAUGAGAAUUGGUCAAGAAAUGAGCAAGUUGUGAUUUAUUUAAAUUGUACAUCUAAUUCCUUUAAUGAAAAUGUUGCCCCCUCCAAGAUGACUGCCACAUAGGCAUGCAGCUGGUCUAUCAAGUCUUCCAUAUAUUUCUAUGGGCUGCAGAACCAAACAACUCAAUCAGGGCUCUAUACUCACUUUUCAAGUGAAGAGUUGCCUGCAAAAGAUGGACCACACUGUCGACAAUGAACACACAACAUAGCUUUCCCCACAGGUAUUGCGUAAGCCAUCGUGGUUAAAAGCAGUAUUUUUUUUUCUUCACCUGCUGCUCAGCCAUGUCCUUUUCAUCAUCUGUACCGUCUGAUUUGGCACUUUUUGUUGGCUCACCCUUACCACCACCCUCCUCCUGUCUCCCCUCCUUUUUUUCUUUUUUUUUUAAAAAUAAUCAGUGUUAGACCACUUCAUUUGUGGAGGUCUGUUUGUCCUUGAUGUGUGAUGUGAAUAUACGCUCUCUUUCCUCAGAACAGGAGAGAGUACAGGUGGAGGAGACGGACUUCAACCACAUUGUCUACAGCAGGGUCUGUGUUAGAGUGAGGAUAGAAACAUAUGCAUGUGCAUGAACGCGACCAGAUUAAAUUCUUCGUUGCACACCGGAAAAAAAGGUCUUAUAUGCGAUUUUGGUCACAGUCUCGAGCCCUGUCAAUAUGGAAGACACUGAACAGCCUGUUGGCCCUCUCCAAUUCCAUGGUAAUUUGAGUUGAAAAACCCAUGAAGGAACAGUCAACUGUUAUAAAGUGUUGCAAACUCUGCAGGAAGGAGUUUGCUUUUCACCAAACCACUUCCAGCUCAAAAUACCCCAUUAAUGCAGAGCAAAGGUGUUUAAUUAACCCGUUAAGUGCACAUAUUCCCUUCUUUCUUGUGUCUCUUUGUUUAUGCAAAAUAAAACACGCUAAAUAUAGAUUAAAAAUGCAUGAAAUUUAAUCGCGAUUAAUCAGAUGAAUCCACAGCAUCCCUGUGAUUAAUCUGAUUGAAAAUGUUAAUCAUUUGAUCAUUUACCAAAUAUUAUGUUCUUCAUCUAACCCCCUCGGAUGUUUUCUAUUGAGAAAGCACAGGAAACUUAUUCAUGAGAUGAAGUCUUUUUGUAGAGUUUGAUUCAACUUUUGUGUUCAGAUGAUAUGUCGCAGAAAAAUAGGCUUUCAUCUCAAGAUUCAUCACAUUUACAUGAGUAAAUGCUGAUUUACAAGCUGUUUUUCAUGUUUCAUGUGUAAUGUGAUUGUGAAAGUCAGCCUGGCAUCUCAGUCAACUUUGAAGACAGGAUUAAAGCACUCAGCAACUCUCUGUACAUGAUACAGGGGUCUUUGAGUUAUGUAGCUUAUGGGUGAGUUUUCUUCUCUUUCCAUUGUGCAGACUGAUUGAAACCGCUCCCUGUAUGAUGUCUCUCUACCGCGUUAACAUCACACAGCCAAUGAAGUGCAGUAUUAAUGAUUUUUGUAUGAAAAAAGAAAUCAUUAAAGUGAGUUUUUUCAUCAAACGCUUUUACACUGCUGCUGGAAAAUUAUAUCGGAGAGCCUUACUAGAGCGAUCAUUUCCAUCCCCUUCAUUUCUAAAAAGGUGGAAGUAUCAAAUCGUUAAGACUAAGUUGUUGAGACUGUAUUUCAACCAGUGGAAUACUUGUUGAAAUUUAGUCUUGGACAUUUAGAUCUGGUUUCACUCUAUGGACCAUGUCUCAUUACUGAAAUUUUGGUCUGUGCUCACUCUGAACCUGCUUAAUGUAGUUUGAAAUAACAAAAAUCAUGAUCAUACUCGUCGACGGACAUUUUUCCUCUACAGAUUGAGAACGUAAAACUCCAGAGUAGGUUUUAUGUAGUAAUUACCUGAGAAUAUUGUUGGUUUUUCAACCAGUAAAGACUCCCCCUACUGGCUAUGAAGGGAGAGGCAGGUUUGAAGCAUGUCUGCACAGAUGUCACAGUCAGCACUAGAAAACUGUCUGUUUCUUACUUCAAGUCUUUGUGGAUAAGCAGGUUAUUGGCCCAGCACUCUCUAUGCCCAGAGCACCCCCUACUGGCAGAAGACGGUCUGCUUUCUUCUACAACACCUCUUUCAUUCUGCAGAAAAUGUAUCAUUUCAUUCUGAGAGUGUGUGUGUUUGUGUUUGUGUUUGUGCAGGUAGAAGUGUCUCCUCUGCCUGAAGCUCUGUCUAACUGUGUAAGACCAGACACCAGAGUCCCUCCAGCCUACAGUCAGUCCUGCACCAACUACAGAGCAGACAAACAGAUCACCUAUGCCUUCCUCUACCCACCCCGUGAGUGUGACUGCACAGCACUUACCAUAAAAAUUGAAAAUCAGAUCAGGGGAAUUUUUUUUUUUAGUUUUUUUUUUUUUUAGUUUUCUACAAACCAACCCAUAAUGUUGGCCCUGAAAGUGAUCAAAAGGUAUUUUUGUACUUCAUUCUUUCUGUCUAAAUGCUGCUAUGAAGUUAUUUUCUUUAACUGAACGUGAAACAGAUUGAAAUCGAUUGAAUUGCUAUUUUCAACCCCAAACUGUCUGAACUAAUGCAAAGAGGGGAAGGUAGGGGGCAGACCAGAUAAUAACUGAUAGCCCCCUUAGUAAAAACAGCCUGUCUGUACACUUCAUCAGAAACGUUUUUUAAUAAGAGACGCGUAUAUGUGACUGUAGAAAACAGGGUGAUAUGUUUUGUCAGAAAAUACUUCUUUGUGAUGUAUUGGACCAGAUCAACAAAGCUAGAAGAUAUACAGUACAUCUCCUAGAAUCAUCCUCCAACAAAAAAAAUAAACAUUUUGCUGAUUGGCUAACUAAUGAAUUAUUAAUUAUUAUUAAUUAUUAAUCUGUCUGUCUGUCUUUAUUUAUAAAUCUAAAUCACAACAGUCGUUUUCCUAGACUCACAUUGGCCCCAUGUUGAUAUUGAUAUUGAUCCUGAUUAUCAGGUUGAUCUUUAAUUCCACUCGUGUAAUUGUUGAGGUGCCUAUGCUCUUUAUGCAUUCUUUGUCUGAAUAAACUUAGUUUCUCAGUAUGUUGAGUUUAUAUUCUCCAGACAUGAAAAUCAGAAAGUUCCUUUGAAAUGUCCUUUCAGCUGGCUGUGACCUUGUUAAGGUUACUGUUGCAAAAUAUCAUUCAUGUAACUCCUCAUCUAAACUCACAAAACAGAAACGGGAUCAAAGUGGGGUUAUAUCGCUCAGGGGCAGUUAGGACUCCAGCUGACUUUGUCACUGCUGCUCAUUUGUGCUGCAUGCUGUUUGGACACAGUGUUAAAGUGACAUUUUACUCAAUUUUGAUCCACAAGUGAUACCUCAGAACAUAAAUUUGUUUUAUGUUUUUGCAGAACUGUCCUCAACCGUAGACAAAAAGUAUGAUGCUGUCCUCAUCACCAAUACUGUCCCCAUGUAUCCUGCAUUCAAGAGUAAGUCCAACAGUGGUUUCUUCACAUGUUCAAACCAUGAGGGACACAUCCUCUGACAUUUUUCUUCUGUUUGAACCUCUACCCUGUCCUUUUACCCUCUCUCUCAGGAAUAUGGGGAUAUUUUCAGAGAGUCCUGGUGAAGAAAUUUGCAACUGAGAGAAACGGGGUGAAUGUGUUGAUCGGACCCAUAUUUGACUACGACUACGAUGGUGUCAGGGACUCAGCUGAGAAAAUAAGAGAGUGAGAAUGCUGUUUUCACUUCAUAUUUCAUUCAGCUUUCAGACUGCAAAUAUGUUAUAAGUAUUAAUAUUUUUACCUGACAGUUUGGUAUAAAGUCAAGCAGAAAGUGCUGAGCAUCAUUAUAUGGAUACUGUCAUGUCGUUAGACUUAUUUUGCAGCCUAUGGCUUGUGCAAUACAGCCAUAAAAAACUGUCAGAGACAAAAACUUCAUUUGAAAAGUCCGUUAUGUUCAGGUUUUCCUUUUUUUUUGAUCAAGAUAUUUUUAUUUAGUUUUACAAAUAAUAGUUUACAUUUAACAAAAGUCCAACAGAGCAGGACCGUAAAUCCCCCCCCAAAAAAAGGCAGGUCAACUGCCAAAUUGAGCCCAAGUUCUUAAGUGAAAGUGAUUCUUCUAAAUCUGACAUUAGUAACUUGGCAAGUUGGUCUGAGAAUUUUUUGAAGAAUUUGUUGGAUUCCCAUCCAGCCGUGGGGACUUGCCACUCUGCAUAGACCUGAUUGCAGAUAUUAUUACAAGGGCUGAGAAGUCUUUCCCCAAUGAAUCAGCUAUGCUUGGGUCUACAGAUGGAACAUGUAGGGAUCUUAGAAAAUCCUCCAACACAGAGGGUGUAGUUGGAAAUCCUGAUGUGACUGAUAGAAAUUUAAAACAGAAGUGAAUUUUGAGGCUAUCUGUACACGUUGAACCUUGUUCAUCAUUGAUUGCAGGUAUAGUCUGAUUGGCAGUUCUUUGUCGUAGCUGAUGAUUUUGGAUUUGGAGAUUUAGAGAGGAGAUAUUCAGCCUGUUGUGUUCUUAGGAUAUCGAAUUCGGUCUGCAAAGACAGACUUUAUUUUGCUAUGCCAGCAGAUUGUUGAUGGUUGUAUAACAUAUCUAUUUUCAGUAUUUGAUUUGUUAGCUCUUUAAGCUGCACUGUAUCUGUUUUCUUCCUAUUCAAUAAGAAAUGAUUUGGCCUCGAAGAUAGGCUUUUAAAGAUUCCCAUAUAGUUAAAUAAGACAUUCCUUGCGUUUCAUUAGUAUCAAGAAGAUUUUUUAUUUCAGAUGAAAUAAAGUUGGUAAAAGACUCUUCUGAUAAGAGAAGAGGAUUUAGUCUCUAAGGGCAGUAGCUAGUUUGUGUGUUAUGAAUGCUGAUUUUCGUGGUUAGCUUCAUAAUCACACUUAGUUACAGAAGAAAGAAGUCUUUUAUCCAGGAAGAUGCGAGAAUAGCUCUUAUGCAUUUGAGAGUAAAAAGGGUGUGCUCUAGCAGUGGGAUCACGAAACCACCAUACAUCCACUGCACCAAAUGUUUUGAGAAAAACUCAAGCUUCUCUGCAAGAAUGAUGUGGUUCCUCACAUUGAUGCUUUUUCUGCAUCAGUGAAUUCCUUUUCUUCUCCGUUAUGUGUAAUACGGAGACGGGCUGGAAACAGUAUGCCAAACCAGACGUUCUGGCAGUUGUGGAGCAGCUUUCUGACCUCAGUGAACGCGGCUCUGGCUUUGGCGACUCUUCCGGUAUAUUCUGGGAAGAUGGCAACGGCUAAAGUGGCGCAUGGGUGCGCGCCCGGGUCAGUACCUUAACACAGUCUUGGAAAUAGUGAACUUUGGCAACUAUUGUUAGUGGUUUCCCGCUGGGUUUUAUUGGAGCCAGACUUAUGUGUGAGUGAUCAGUGAGCACAUCUCUGUCCAGCUGCAGCGUUUCUUGCAGCAGCUUUGAGACCGAUGUCGUGGAGCUCGAUCCAGGCGUCUCAGGCACCCCCGGGAUUCUAAUGUUACACCGCCGUGAUAAACAGCUGAUUACUGUGGUGCGAGCAGAAGAACAUGAAUGUGCUGCAGAAAGGAUGGUGCAAAAACAAAGCAGGUUGCGCACAUGCAUUGUCCGAUCAUACUCCGACUACGCUGGUUACAUGGUAGAGAAAAUUGAAUUCUAGUCACAUUAUCUGGGUGUCUUAAUCGGAGUUCUUCGAGUCCAAUCGGAGUUCUCAAACUCCGAUUAUAGUUGGACUUAGGUGUUUACAUGCACUUCAGUUGUCCAGUCUUAAUCGGAAUAAGGCAAUAAUUUGGUUUUCUCAAGUGUCAUGUAAUUGUACUGACUGUCUGUGGCAGUUACAGCCCUGUUCAAGUGAUCAAGCGAUACUGGCCAACAAGCCAGUAACACCACAAACGCUGACAACAAUGUAAAGGAGUCAACACAUGGUCACUUAAAAAGCUGUAGAAAGACAUGAACAUGAUCAUUUCUGCGGGUAAAGUUUGAGUUAUUUGUACCCAGAAAUAACCAGAUUUCAGUUGUUUAUGAGGAUAAAUCUUGGUUUCAUAAAACAGACAAAAAUCAAAGGGAAAAAAAGCUUCAUUUGUUUGAGAUCCUGGAAUUAAAACCUGAUUUUUCUCUUUAGGUAUGUCAGUGGGUUGAUACCCAUCCCCACACACUACUUUGUGGUCCUGACCAGCUGCCUGGACUUCACACAAGCUGCAAACUCAUGUAAUGGCCCACUCAGCAGCGCUGCCUUCAUCCUACCUCACAGACCCACCAAUGACGAGACCUGCAAUGUAAGCAAUAUAACAUCUUUAUUUGCAUAAUGGCUUUCUAUGAACCUAAUAAAGGGAGGGACUCAUUUUUGUAUCAUCUAGCCAAUAUGAGAUUCAUCUGGACAAGCUCAGAGCAUGCAGAGAUUUAAUGAAUGUCUUCAUUUCUGUAAAACUUUAAAUGCCCAAGUUCCAGUUUUAAGUGAAUGUUUAGAGCAGAAACGUUGUCAAAGGGGUUCCUCAGAGCCCAAAGUCCUCCAUGUUGGAGGUGAUGGAGGGUCUCAGAGGGGGAGACCUAAGGUAACACCUCUUUACUUCUCUGUGCCUCCUGAAGAGCUCAGAGGAGGAGUCUCGCUGGGUGGAGGACCUGAUGAAGAUGCACACAGCUCGAGUCAGGGAUGUAGAGAUCCUUACAGGUUUGGACCUGUACCGCAGAACCAACCGGAGUUAUGCUGAAAUCCUCUCUCUGAAGACAUACAUGCACACCUAUGAGAGUGAGAUCUGA